GUCCCGCGGCGGCGCCCUCGUCCUCCCGCAGCAGCGGAGCCCGGGAGGGACCGGGCCAGCGGCGGGCCAGGCAGCCUCCCUCCCUCCCGCGCCGAGAGGACGUCCCGUCCAGGGCUGCGCGGAGGGCGAGAGGCGGAGGCGGUGGGAGGGGGCCCAAUCCGUCGCCGCCGCCUCCCCGAUCCUUCCCCCCUCUCCCCACCCCCCACCCCCCGCGGCGGGGCUGAGCGGGCCCCCCGCCGGGGCCGCGAUGUGCCGCCGCCUUUGUUUGCUCGAGGAGAUGCCCCCUCCGCGCCGCUUGGCCCAAGCCGGCGCCUAUAAAGGCCGCCGGGGCCAGACGGGACGGUAACUCGCUCCGGGAUCCCGCGCUCGCCUCGCCGCGAUGACCCUGCUGGGCGCGGCGCUGCUGCUGCUGCUCCUGCCGCCGCUCGCCCUCGUGUGGCCGGGCCACGGCUCAGCCCCGCGCCCGCCCAAGCCCCUCUUGCCCAUCCAGCCCGAAUCGGCGGACCCUCUACCCUCCAAGGGGGCGGCAGGUAGGACCCUCCUCCUCCUCCUCCCUGGGACGCGCGGGUGGCGGAGGCUUCUUUGCAGGAGAUGGGCACGCCACCCCCCACCCCUCGGAAGGGCGCAUCCUGACCCAGCCCUGUCUCCCUUGCUUGGUUGGCACAGCUGCCCGGGCAGCGGCAGGCGAGCCUCCCAGCUGCUUCCCACGGACGGAUUUCGAAGACCCCGUGCCCGCACCUCUCGGCCGGGCGGCAGGUGGACGUCGAGGCUGGAGGUGGACGGGGACGCGGCGUUUGGGAAGCCUCCCGGGCCGCUUGGACAAACGCGGGCGGGUUGCCGACGGGCGAGGAGCGCGCUUCCAAGUGGGACAGACGGGGAAUGGUUGCGGGUGCAGGGAUGCCUGCUGUGUGAGAGAGUGACUCGGGUGUGUGCGUGCAUGUGUGUUUGGAAGCGGUCAGCGUGCAACGGGAGGCACCAAACGCAGCAGAUGGCACGAAUUUGGGUAGGAAGAAAAGUUUCUUGCCAGGCGACCCCACUCCCAAGGCUUUGCCCAGAGCUAUUCCACACAAGACACCCACACUCGUUCAGUGUUCUAGACGUGCAGUCCUGGGUGCUGUGAGGUUGCAGGAAUGCCAAGCGGGUCGAGGCACCGCUCAACAGGCAUAGCUACGCACAAGUCACAGACUUUCACCUUUGAGGCUCAGUCCUGGAACAGGUGAAGAGCUGGCGAUGCACAUUAGGUGUCCCUAAGAUUAUGCAGCAGCCCUGAUGGAUCAGUGGUUGGGAAAAUGGGCUCCUCGAGCAGAGAAGGUGGACUUCCCAUCAAAUUUAAAUCUCCAAAGAUUUUAUUUUAUUUUUAAUCAGGGGAGGAAGGAACGUGGAGGAAAGAAAUUGGGGAGCGAUCACCAGCUCAGCUAUUGCAAGGCAGCCUAAGCGGUUGUAACAGUCGGUAGAGUGUGAACUCUUAAUCUCAAGGUCCGGUUCGAGCCUCACGUUUGGCAAAAAGAUUCCUGCAUUGCAGGGGGUUGGACUAGAUGACCCUCAGGGUCCCUUCCAACUCUACAAUUCUAGGAUUCUAACUGAAAUGCAUAUUUAUUUUAUUGAGCAAGAUUUAUAUAUAUCACUUAAUCAACAAAUCCUGUCCAUUAAAAUCAUUCAUUAAAAGUACCAACUGAAAAAAACCCACAUUGACAUGAAAUAUAUCAAAAUCCAAAUGAAUCCCCUUAUUUAUUCAUGUACCUCUUCUCAUUCCAUUCCUCUCCUGCCUUGGAAAUUUAUUUAUUUAUCUUGUUUAUUUAGAUUUGUAUGUUCCCUGAGGCAGGGACCUGCCUCGUUGUUUCUUAAUAUUAUAAUUGUUCAUCCUCACAACAAGCCUGUGAGGUAGGAGAGGCUGAGAGGCAGUAAUAGGUUCAAAGUCACCCAGUGAGCGCCGUGACCAAGUGGGGAUUUGAACCCUAGCCCCCCCCCCAGGUGUGAGCGCAGCACUUUAACCACUAUACCACACUGUCUUUAAUGGUACUAUUUAGGUCCAGUCAACAUUUACAUAGCAGGUAUAUAAAUUAUUAGGUGUUGCCAGAAUUUUUGCGGGGGGGGGAGGACUUUUUUGGGGUGGCAGGACUGACGUGAUUGGUCAGUUAAGUAUUUCUAUUGUUCUACUUGAUCUGGGGGGAAGCUGCCCCCCUGCCCCCCUUUUCUAUGCCCAGUGUGUUUUUUCCUAAAAAAAUGUUUAGGGGUAUUCUCAUUUUCCUACUCAUAUUGAAAUACUGCCCCUCAAUGAGGCCAAACUUAGAUUCACAAAAUGUUUAGGGGUAUGUGUACCCCUGAACCCCUCCCCCCCGAAAAAAGCACUGCCUAUGCCUGUUAUGUAAGUAAAGAACUACUUGGAGGAAUCUCUGUGUCAUCUGCUUUGUCAACCCACUACUUAAUGCCCGUGCGGCAGGUCUGCAUAGGCUGAAGAUGGUGGGUUAGGGCACAUGGAGGAAGGAAUUAAGAGGCACGAGGGUGGAUGAGGGUGGAUUGGGAACUGCGUGCUUGAGAUGUGAAAUAGAGAAUUUUUGGGAAAGGGGUGAUGCUUGGGCCUAGGGCUGAAAUCCUGUCCCUGGAAGUGGUGAACCCCAUUGAGAAUGGGUGGACUUACUUCUAAGUUAGAUAUGCAUAGGAAUCCAUUGUUAAGUCCGCUCAUUAUUAAACACACCCUUUGCAACUGUAAGCUCUGGUUCCUGAUUCCAAAUUGGGGUGUCUGAUCAGUAAUAGGUAAAUGUACUCCUGUCCAUGCCUGCAGUUGCUCUUUUUUCAUUUAGUUUUAAACAUCUUUACUAUAACUUCAAAAAGUACAUAAUUAUAUGUGCACUAAACAUUUUGAGAUGUAGAUAAAAGAGAGAAAAAGAAAAUAAGAGGAACAGAACCCGUGUAGAAGAGAAAAUAAAGAGGGGGGGAACUCCCAAAACUAUAUUUUACAAGGUUGUUGUUGUACUUCACCAGAUCUUAACCUAUUACAGUAUUUGCAAGAAUGGAUUCCAAAUAUCAUUGAAUUUGACCAUGGCAAGUCUGCGUUUAUAUGCAAGUUGUUCAUAUGUUGCGAGUUUGUAUAAGUCUUCAAGCCAAUAAUCAUAGAAGGGAGCCACAUUUUUAUUUUUCCAGCUGAUGAAUUGGAUGCCCGCAGUUGCUCUUUCCUUCACCGCUGCUUUUUUGGCUCUGAGAAGAAGUUUGAAGGUUAUAAACUCUGCUGAGUCCUAAUUGAACUGGACAGCUCAGUUGGUUAGAGCAUGGUGCUCGCCAAGGUUGCAAGUUCAAUCCUCGUAUGGGACAGCUGCGUAUUCCUGCAUUGCGGGGGGUUGGACUAGAUGACCCAUGAGGUCCCUUCCAAAUUGACAGUUCUGUGAUUCUAAGGAAGCCUUAAGGGCAGGGCUCUGGAGGGCAGGGCAGGUGCUGGAGGUUGCUGGGUGGACCUGGGUGAGUCAGCAGACAGCCUGUGCUUUUAGUGAACUGAUUUAUUUGGAGGAGCGGGUCAGGCAGCUGGAAGACCAUGUACAUUUCCUGCAGACCUGAGGUGAAGAAGGGCCUCAGAAGCUGAUGUCAGGGUCCAGGUUGGUUCAUAUGGAGAGAGGUGGUCCUUGAGGUAUUGCGGUCCUGAGCCAUUUAUGAUGCUGGAUGAUGGUUUUCAGGUCGGUCUUCCUGUGCUGAUCUAUGUACGUGCUUGGCUGGUGCACUUAUGAACAUUUAACAUAUAUCUAAGACCUCAAAAUUCCUAUCACAGCUUAAAUGGGCUCACAUGGAGCUGGAAGGUGCAGGCAGGAGGCUUGCAAGGGCCAAUUAAAAGUAUCUCCAGUUAAAAGGAUCAAAAGCAGCAGAUUUGGGGCUGGAUUCAGAUAGCUGCUGCCAGUCAGUGCUCAGCUGAGUGGCCCAGUGUCCUGACUCUGGGAUAGGGCUUUUGAAGGUGAUGGAAUUAUGUGGAACUGGCAAGAUUAACAGCAAAGAUGAGAGACAACAGAAUUUGAAAUAGGAGCACCAGCAUUAUUUAUUAAGAUAAAUAGGUUAGAAUGGAUGUAUUGAAUAUUAUACGUGAAAUAUGCAUCCUUUAAGGGUAAAUAUGGAAACCAUGGAAAUGGGGUAUGGUAAGACAAUGGAUAAAGUAAUUUAUGGUCUAUACCAAAAUCUGGUUUUUUUUUGGUGCAAAAUCAAUAAAUAGUUGUUUUUAAAUAGAGGCAACCUUCAUAGAGGCUUUCAGGAGCACUCAAGACUCUUCAUCUCUCCCCCUCCCCCAAUUUCUUUUAGGCUGCUCUUUCGGUGGCAGAUCCUAUGCCCUGGAGGACACUUGGCAUCCAGACUUGGGCGAGCCUUUUGGCAUCAUGCACUGCGUGGUCUGCUCUUGCGAGCCAGUAAGUGGUUAUUUCCAAUUCGUUUCUCUCUCUCUUUUUCCAGAUGUGGGAGGGAGUUGCUGCAGAACCCCCAAGCAGGACUGGGGAACCUUCUCCACUGCGGGGGCCACAUUCCCUUCUGAGCAAACUUUCGGGGGGCCACAGAGUACCAGUGGGCGGGGCCAGGGGCCAGAUAUGGGCGGAGCUACAAUUGGGACUUUCCCCUUGGUGCUGUAGGCUGGUUUCAGCACAAACUCACCUCCCCCACCAAAAAAGGGAAAACAAAACAAAACAAAACAAAACAAAACAAAACAAAACAAGACAAACACAUUUGGCUUUCGAUUAGACUCAUUGUAUUAUUAUUUCUACAAUUUUUACACACACAGUUCCAAGUUAUUGUAUUUCUUUCUUUGCUUUCGUCAGAUAUCAAAAAGCAUUAUAUUUGUUGCCCUUUUAGCAGGGAGGAAACUUGGUACAGUGGUAGCUCUGGUUAUGAACUUAAUUCGUUCCGGAGGUCUGUGCUUACGGUAACCUGAAACCAUUCUUAACCUGAGGUACUACUUUAGCUAAUGGGGUCUCCCACUGCCGCUGCACAAUUUCUAUUCUCAUCCUGAGGUAAAGUUCUUAACCCGAGGUACUACUUCCAGGUUAGUGGAGUCUGUAACCCGAAGUGUUUGUCACCCGAGGUACCACUUUAUUAUUACCUGCUGCUGGCCUCCUUGCCUUCCAGUGAGAACCAGCCGCCACCGCCACUACCUACCCUCGAAGGAGAGUCAUGUCCCGGAAGCAGCCAACUUAAAGCCAUUGCAUGAUACCCUGCAUUGAGUUUGCCUCUUUCCAAUCAAAGAACACAGAAAAGCAGAAGGUGGUCUCCUUUGAGAGCAAGCAGCUUUUCCAUGCUUUUGGCCGAGUAAGCCUCUUCCCCACCCCCUCUUCAUAGGGUGACAAUCUGUGCUUCCGGUUCACACUUUAAAACACCUUAAAAAUAAAUACCUAAGGUCUGCUUUAGGAACUGGAAGUUCAGGAAACUCUGUUCUCUUCUGUAUGAGAGCAUCUACUCAGGCACACAAAUACUGAGUGAGUUCCAAACUAGGUGAGACCACAAGAGAGCCAUGACCAGAUUAUCUCCUGUGGGGUUAUUUCCAAAAAAAGAAAGAAAUUAAAGGUAGAUACAUUUGAAACAAACCAUCUCCCCUCUCUGCAUGCACACAGCUGCGCAUACCCUGUUUGGGGCGGUGGGGGGGGGGGAAGGCCGGGAAGAGCUCAUCCCAGACCUCCCACCUUCAUUACUCCCCAAGAGAGGCUCAAAAGUGCAUUUAGUCACUCAUUUUUAGUGUAAUGUAGAAAACUGCUUUUUCUUUCUGUCACACACGCACACAAAUCUCUUAAUCGCUUCAAGGUACGUCUAGGAGCCUUGCCUCAGGCCUCUUCUGUUGAUUCUAAACAGUUUUUAAUAUUGUGUUUUACACUGCUGUGACGUGCCAUAAAGUCACACCUUCUGGCGAAGGACAGGUUAUUAAUAACAAUAAUGAUGCUAAUUAAUGCUAACUCCAGUGAUCAGAGAGCUGGGAUUUCAGAGUGGAGUUCUGGCUUGCAAUUCUGUCAUUUGCAUGUCUUUUUUGGACAAGGCCCUCACCUAAUCCCCCAUCAGCUGCAAAACAGGAAAUUAUAGUGUCCUGCAAAAUGCAGAUAGUCACACACACACACACACACACACACACACACACACUUCAGCUUGUUUAUCUAUUGGUCUAUUUGUUGAUUGUUUUCUUUUCAGACUGUAUUAAAUUAUAGUGUUGCUCUUUGAUGAUAUUUUGCAUAAGUUGCCUCGUGCUUCCCCCCCCCCUUUUUUUAAAAAGUGGGGGUGCAAACAAAUUCAUAAAUAACAGGGAGGCUGGGAAAGCAGAUCUCAUAAACACCGCACUUGCAGGUGCCCUCUAUUGAGGAAGUGCCUGUACUUUUGGACACGGUCACAUUAUUUCCCUUCCGCAAUAGCUCAAAAUGCUCUGGCACGUCCUUUGCUGCACGAUACGCUCCAAGACAAUUUCCUGAAGUAAAUCUGCCGUCGCUGUUUGUCCCCGCUGCAGGGAGAGGGCAGUGCUGGGGCACAGGAUUCAUCUCUGGUGCAGUUGGAGAGGCAAGCAGACGGACUGGCUUUGCCCUGUGGUCUGCCCUAGAUAGUACAGUGGUACCUCGGGUUACAUACACUUCAGGUUACAUACACUUCAGGUUACAGACUCCGCUAACCCAGAAAUAGUACCUCGGGUUAAGAACUUUGCUUCAGGAUGAGAACAGAAAUCGUGCUCCGGCGGUGCGGCAGCAGCAGGAGGCCCCAUUAGCUAAAGUGCUGCUUCAGGUUAAGAACAGUUUCAGGUUAAGAACGGACCUCUGGAAUGAAUUAAGUACAUAACCCGAGAUACCACUGUACUGUUUGGCUUUGGUAGCCCAGAGAAGAGAAAACUGAGCAUUGAUACGAUAGCCAUCUUCAAAUAUCUGAAGGGCUGUCAGAUGGAAGAGGGAGCAAGCUUGUUUUCUGCUGCUUCAGAGGGUAGGACCCAAACCAGUGGAUUCAAAUGACAAGGAAGGGGAUUCCCACAAAACGUUAGGAAGAACCUUCUGGUGGUAAGAGCUGUUCAACAGUAGAAUGGACUCCCUUGGAAGGUGGUGGGCUUGCCCACAUUGGCGGUAUUAAAACAGGUUGGAUGGCCACCUGUCAGGGAUGCUUUAGCUGUGAUUCCUGCAUUGAAGGGGGCUGGGCUGGAUGACUCUACAGUCCCAUGAUUCUGUGAAUGCAGAAUUUGCACUGAAUUUCUUAUAUUGAUUCAUGAUGGGGGAAGGUCAUGAACCUCUAAUGGCCUCUCCAUGCACCAUUUUUUUGUGGCACAUUUAUAACUAUUUGCACUGAUUGUGCUCUCAAGCUGGUCACACGCAAUCCCUCUUUCAUAAUUCCAUGGUUUUUUAUAGCCAUGAAUGUCGUGGUUUGUUUUUGUCCUGCUUUUGUUGCGCAACAACCCCUCCAGACAGCAAAAAUGCAGUAGCCAUGGGGAAACAUGGAGAGAGCAACCUAAAGCAGAACAAAGGCACCACUGAUGUGCUGUUAUUGUGUCAAGAACAUGUUGCAGGAUAUACCUGCAAUGAAACACUCGCCUGGAGGGUUAGAGUCCUAGAGGAAUCAACCACACAAAUGAACACACACACACACAUACACUGGAAGGAGAUGUCUCACUUCCAUCAUACAACUCUUCGCACACUGAUGUUGUAUCAAAGCCAUGGACAUCCACUAGCUCAUCCAGUUCCUUGCCCCUGGAUGAACCAUAACACUCAGAUUAAAAGGUAAAGGUAAAGGGACCCCUGACCAUUAGGUCCAGUUGUGACCGACUCUGGGGUUGCGGCGCUCAUCUUGCUUUAUUGGCCGAGGGAGCCGGCGUACAGCUUCCGGGUCAUGUGGCCAGCAUGACUAAGCCGCUUCUGGUGAACCAGAGCAGCGCACGGAAAUGCCAUUUACCUUCCCGCCGGAGCGGUACCUAUUUAUCUACUUGCACUUUGACAUGCUUUCGAACUGCUAGGUUGGCAGGCGCAGGGACCAAGCAACAGGAGCUCACCCCGUCCCAGGGAUUCGAACCACCAACCCUCUGAUCGGCAAGUCCUAGGCUCUGUGGUUUAACCCACAGCGCCACCCGCGUCCCUUCUACACUCAGAUUACCAGCUUGCUUUAAAAGAAAAGAAAAGAAAGUUUCUAGCAGAGCCUGAGAUGUGAGUCAGAAAGUACAGGCCCUAAUCUCACUUUGGUGCAUGAGAUUAAUUAGCCUGCUCCCCCGCUCUGCUUGGAAAAAAUUCUGCGGAUGCCCUUGUCAGAACUGCUUCCUCCUGGGGUUGGGAGAGUCAGGAGUGGAGGUGAAAUGAUUUUACUCCCAGUAAUUCCUCUCACAUGUCUUCUUGUCAGAUGUUGAUAUUAAGAAAUCGCAUGGUAUUCUUGGAUUAUUUACUGAUUACGCAGUGAAUAUUUGAGAUCAAUAUGUGGCAUCCAGUUAUGGAUAAAUCACCAUCUACGGUAGCUGGCACGCAAUGCGAUCUAGAAUUUGAUAGUUGAUAUUACAGUUGGCGUUUGACACUAUUGAAUGGUUGGCAAGGAUAACUUUUGACUGCUUGACAUUUAAUGGUUUUGGCAGUAUUUAGUUGUCAAAAUGAAAAACGAAUUGAAUAUGUAAGCAUAUUCGAUAGAUGAGAUGCAGCAACAUACAAUCUUCCCAGUAUUUGAUAUUUCAUAUUUGACAACUGUCAAGAUAAAAAUAAUUGAGGAAAAUCAGCAAGCCAGGUAAUGCGUGCAAAUUUCAAAAUAAAAUUUCACAUUAAGAUUCCGUGUUUUGAAUUCUACUUUCAAACGCUGAGGAUCAUUGUAGUAUAUUUUGGCACAUUUUAAUGUUUUGUGAAUUUUUUUUCAGCUCUCGUUGAGGCUCAUCUCUCUUUCAGCCUUCCUCCUCUGAACCACUAGUUUGGCAAUGUUAGCGGAUAACAGUAAAUAAUUGCAUUACCGUGAUGUUUUUACAGGUGUAAACUACUACAGUGGUACCUUGGGUUAAGUACUUAAUUUGUUCCGGAGGUCCGUUCUUAACCUGAAACUGUUCUUAACCUGAAGCACCACUUUAGCUAAUGGGGCCUCCUGCUGCUGCUGCACCGCCGGAGCACGAUUUCUGUUCUCAUCCUGAAGCAAAGUUAUUAACCUGAAGCACUAUUUCUGGGUUAGCGGAGUCUUUAACCUGAAGCAUAUGUAACCUGAAGCGUAUGUAACCCGAGGUACCACUGUACCGUUCCCUGGUGUGAAAUUGGAAAGCACCCAUAGACAGUAGCAUUUUACUAUCAUAACAGCAGUUUCCUUCUGCUGAUGGAGCAUGCAACUUUCGGAACUUAUCUCUGCAUCAUAAACUUUUUUUUUAAGAGUUAAGUGAGGCUUCUCUGGAACCGAUAAUGAGAUACGAGGUGCAUAUUCUGCGAGGUCCAGCACAGAUGUGGAAGCACAGCUCGCAAUGCAUAGCAAAUGCCUCAGACGCAUGUCCUCCAUCAUCAAUAUUUUCUCUUUCCCUCCACAGCAGAGGAAUCAUCGUGGGAAGCCGACAGGCAAAGUCAGCUGUAAGAACAUUAAGCAUGACUGUCCCACCCCACCUUGCAGUGAUGCCAUCCUGCUGCCAGGACACUGCUGCAAAACCUGUCCGAAGGGUAAGGGUUGAUGGUGACGGUGGUGGGUCCUAUGUUUUCCGUGGGGCAGAAGGUAAAGUCGGUUGUCCUUGUGGGUUGUGGGCCUCCCUGACACUAGCCAAUCUGGCCUUCUCCCACGGCAGAUGAAUAUUUGGGGGCCCUCAUGAAGUGGGGUGUGAAUUCGCCUCAAUUUCUAAACCAUUUGCCUCACGGAGCCCCCUGGCACUCAGGGGCCAAUUUUCCUGUCCAGCCAGCCAGUUUCGUUGGUCAGAGGAGGGUAGUGAAUUGAGCACUGCACCUUGACUGGGGAGACCCACCUUGUCCACAAAGCUCACUUGAUGACCAGCCACUAUCUCUCAACCUAACUUUUCUCAUAAAAUUGGAGAGGGGCAGGGGCAUGUUUGCCACCUUGACUUGAUCGAAACAUGAAACAAGUAAAUAAAGGCAGUCCCCAAGUUUCUUUAGGUUAUGCUAAUUAUAUUCAAAUCAGCCUAAAAGUGAUUCAUGAGUACUAGAAGCUUCCUCCGUUUUUGGUAGAGAGCAGAAGAGAAAGGGCACUCAUAAUCUUAAGGACCAACAUUAUAUGGCGCAGAGUUUGUGUAUGAAAUGCUUCGCUGUAACAGCUUGUGCAAGAUGCAUCCUUUCCAGACUUCCUUGGCAGCUAUUUGAGGACGCACCCUCAAGCCUGUUGAUGCAGGCGACUUCCAUUUGAAAAGCUACUGUUUUCACGGAGAGGCUUGUGUAUCAAAUCUCUCAGACUGGAGGUGGAAGGGGAGGAUAUCCGAAGGAACGGAUGCUCCCUGGUUUAUUCAGUGUGUUGAUUUUGUGCAUUGAGCCAGGGCCUGCUUCCCCUGUAUAGUCUAUUUCCCAGUUUGUUUGGGUAUCUCUGGGCAUCUGAGAAGAAGGGAGCUUGUCUGUGAUCAUAGCACCCUGAACGACACACCUGCCCCAGCCAGCUCAGCAGAGUUUGUUCUGGGACGGGAGACUGCUUGGGAACACAAGAGGGUUGUACGUUUCACAGGAGUAUGAAGGGUUCAGCCGGGUGGGGGCUUCAAUGCUGCAAAUGGGCCACCGAGAUAUUGCAAACAGGUUGUUGGUUGUUUAAAAACUUUUUUUCCUUGGAAACAGUAACUCUGGAUUAAAUGGAGGGUAAAAUGCGACCUGGAAUUUCUGAUGACAACAAUGUCACAGGGACUGUGCAAGAAAAAACCUUACAGGCACGAGGAGCACUGAUCCCCACAAAUAAUAAUAAUAAUAAUAAUAAUAAUAAUAAUAAUAAUAUUUUAUUUUAUUUUAUUUUAUUUUAUUUUAUUUUAUUUUAUUUUAUUUUAUUUUAUUUUAUUUUAUUUUAUUUUUUAUACCCCAUCCACCUGGCUGGCUUUCCCUAGCCACUCUGGGCGACUCCCAGGAGAAUAGUAAAAACACGAUAAAAUAUCAAACAUUACAAACUUCCCUAAACAGGGCUGCCUUCAGAUGUCUUCUAAAAGUCAGAUAGUUGUUUUUCUCUUUGACAUCUGAUGGGAGGUCGUUCCACAGGACAAGCGCCACUACUGAGAAGGCCCUCUGCCUGGUUCCCUGUAACUUCACUUCUCGCAGUGAGGGAACCAGCAGAAGACUCUUGGAAGAGGACCUCAUUGCCCAUCUAGAAGCUCACUGGGUCUUGCUUUUGCUAUAACCCUUUUUUCCCCCAUCCUGGGUGCAAGUUCUGGACCAGCUAGUGGCAGGCAAGCUCCUGCUAUCUCAGGUACAAAGCAGAAAAUUGGAGAAAGUGGCAGAAAGUUCAGGUAGAUGGAUUUGGGAAACGUUCUCAUGUGCAAGUUAGUCUGAACGGGUUGGAAAUAUUGGCUGCUAUUCAGAGCCAGGUCUCUCUGUGUGUUUUGCCACCUCAGAAGAGGCAGGAUAAGGGGGCCUUGCACAAGGCAGUAUCCCAAGCCCCACUAAUAUCUUGCACAGGAUUUUGAGAUUCACGGUCAGUUUGCAUGGGGAGCUGGCCGCUCCCGAAGCAGCAGAGAGCCUGGAGAGAAUUGUGUCACCUCGUCCGCUUCCCGCUCUGAUGGAAGUCGUCCUGUUGUUGCUCCGUUCCUAAGUGAUUUGCACAAACACAAUUAACUUUGUCCCAACAAGGAUUACAUAAUAACAGCUUUUGUGCCGAUUCUUUCCCAAGUAGCACACAGACAAGCUCUCCUUGCCAAGAAGCCGUUUCCAACUGGGCUGGCUGAUUAUCACAACCUGCUAAGGGUGGCGGAUAACCCUCUGGCGUCAUGCCAAGGGCUCUCCGUUGAUUUCUAUGGGACUUUCUCUGGCUUGAAAUCAAAAGGGUUUUUAGAUCAGCUGUUGUGCAGAUCAGGGUGUAAAUGGAAGAAGGGAGCAGGGGACCAGUGCUUGCAAGGACCACAGGUCAUAUGGGAAACUGGGACCCCCUCUGAGUCAAGGGUCUUUUCUGGAACUGUCAGUCAGUAUUAGAAACUGUGCAGCAACGUAAAGGAAGCACAAAUUUUCAGAGGGAACAAAGAGAUGAACUCUGGACUCAGACAAAAUUCCACUGUGCAUCUUCCCUAAGGUGAAAUUUUCUCUACUAGGUACAGUCAUACCUCGGGUUACAGACGUUUCAGGUUGCAUUUUUUUGGGUUGCGGACCACCGAAACCCAGAAGUACCGGAACGGGUUACUUCCAGGUUUUGGCGGUCGCGCAUGUGCAGAAGCGCUAAAUCGCUCUUUGCGCAUUUGCAGACGAGCUGCUGUGGGUUGCGGACGUUGCGGGUUGUGAAUGUGCAUCCCGCACGGAUCCCGUUUGCGACCCGAGCGUCCACUGUUUAUAUCUACACAGUGGUACCUUGGUUUAAGAACAGUCCGGGUUUAAGAACGAUUCGGUUUACAAACUCUGCAAAACUGGAAAUAGUGUCUGGUUUGAGAACUUUACCUUGGUCUACGAACGGAAGCCGAACAGUUGAAGGGCACCAGUGGCGGGAAGCCUUAUUAGGGAAAGUGCGCCUCGGUUUAUGAAUGGUUUCGGUUUAAGAACAGACUUCCGGAACGGAUUAAGUUUGUAAACCAAGGUAUCACCGCAUCUAUAUUGCGGUAGGGCAUCACAUGAACCCCAGUUAGAGUUUGCCAUGCAUGAGCAAUGGGCACACAGAAUUGCAGAUUUGGAAGGGAUCCCUGGGGAUCAUCAAGUCCAACCCCCUGCGACAUGGAGCUUUGCCACCUGUGGGACAGCUAAAGCCGUGUAGGUCUCAUGCAUUUAUUAAUACACAAGGGAUUUUCAUGCCAGAUCCUGGUUUUCUGCAAAAAUGUCUCUGUUCAUCAUAACUAUAUUCCACCAGUUUGACUAAAAGAGGCCUCAAGGCUGCUCAGAAUUUAAAAUCAACGAAGUAUUCAGGUGAUAUUGGAGGGGAUUAUAAAAAAGGGGGGAAUAAAUGUUUGCUCAUCAGACACUAGUUGUAAUGCUUCUCUUUGCUUUUUAGAACUAUUCUCCCACUGUAGCAACAUGGCAUGAUACCAUACUGUGCUCUGACUUCAUGACAACACCAUGUAGCUGAUCAGAUGGCUACAUGGUGAUGUUGCAAAGACAGCUCAGAGCGAUGGCACAAAACAUUACCCUCGCUCUGAUUUGGCUUCCCAAAAAUACAACGUAAUCAAUCAGAUUUGGCAGUGUAGUAAAGCCGCAGUGCUAAAGCAGAGGGAAGGCAAUGUUUCCUGGCCUCACGAGGGAGUAGCUAAAAAGGAAAGGAUGGCUUCAAGUAGCAACAGGGAGAGACAUUGCCGCCACUGCCCGAACCGCAACCUGGUGGCACAGAAUUGGCAAGCAAAGUGAACGGGAGUUUUUAGUAAAACCUUUUGACUCCCAUGUGGCAUAGCUCAGUUAGAUACACUUCAAGGUCUAGCAUUAUUAAAUGAUUUUGCACCUUUCCUGCCACUUGCAAGCCUCCAACAGAAUAAACAAGUUGGGCAGGCUUCCCUUGGAAGGGCGUUUCAACAAGCAAGGUGCCACCACGGAAAAAGCCCUGCUUCUAAGAGUCGGAGGAGGAAGCAAUUUGAGGCGAAGCCUGUGAUAUGAGGAUGGGCAGCACAGGUAAUGGAACGGCCCCAUUACCUUUUUGACACAGCAAAGUUGCUACAAGUUGAUUUUGUCACAAGGUGAAUAUUUCACUUGUUUGCACCCGAGGAGACUCCCAGCGAAAGUGAAGCUUUGUCCCCAGAUGGUUAAUUGCACAAGGAGUUCUUGCUGUCCUGGUGGCCGAAUGAUCACUGUGGUCUGGGGACGUGCCUCAGCAAACAGUUUAUGAAAUGACCACCCAGAUGCACAUUUGAGUAAAUAAAAAGCACAUUUGGGCAGCAUUCAUAAUCGCAUGUGGAUGCCAUAAAUCUUUGCGUUUCUGUCGCAGAGCAUCUUAGCUCCCACACCAGCCUUGCUGUGCUCAGAAUUAGCAAAAUUCCAUGAAUACGAGCAAAGUUGGGAGAUCCAAUUCCUGGGUAUUUUGCCAGGGACAUUCAAGAAGUAAGCUCCAAUUUUCAGUUCUAUAUCCAAGGCAAAACAUGACAUGGUGGGACUGCCACGUUUGUUUGUUCAUGUCUGCCCUCUUGUUCCCUGGACUGAAAUGGGUGGUGAUGUCUUACGGGACAUGGAAAGGGACGUUAUCACUGGGGGGUGUCAAAUCCUGCCAUCACCCUCCACCCCCUUUCAGGCCGUUGUUAUAAUUUGUAUAGGAAAGCAUUAUAUAUAUAUAAAUAAAUGCCGCCAGACUGAGAAAACCUUCUUUUGGUUGGUGUGUGUGUGUGACACUGCGUUAAUGCAAAUCCCUAAAUUAGGGUAGCUUCCAUAGGGCCCUUCAGACACUGUUGGACUACAACUCCCAUAAUCCCUGACCAUUGGGCAUGCUGGCUUGGGGCUGAUGGGAGGUUGAGUCCAACAAGAUCUGAAGGCCCAACACAUUUUGGCCAACACCGAGAGAUCUGUCUCACCCUAUUCUUCUUCUUUUUAAAGUUUUAGACAUCCAGGGAAAAACCUGUUUUAUAUGCCCAAGCUUUUAAUUGAAUAGUCAUAUCUGGUUGGUUUACUUAUUUUGUGGCAGCUGGUUUUUGUCUACAACUUUACUUCUGCCCUUACUUAUCUUAGUAUUUCAUGCUGUUUUAAUUUUCGUGUUGGAUUUAACAGUGGAGUGUUUUUAUUAUUACACUUGAUGCUUUGGGAAACGCGCCUGUGUUGAAAAGUGGCCCGUGUGUUUUAGCAAUAAAUGAAGAGAAAUGGAAUAAAACUUGCCUCAGGUGACAGAUUUUGGGCUCCACAGCUAGUGGCGAAUGGCCAGCUUUAUCAUCUGUUCUUAUUAUUGCGGUGCUUCAGCAUAUGGAAAGCGCCAUUUUGGCUUAUCGUUUUGUUUACCUCAGAGGCCAAAAUGUCUUCAUCUAGCCCUGAAAUUGGGGCACUUUCCUACAUGGAGAUAAAGUAGAGGGGAAACGACAUUUAAAGAUGGCGAAGGUGGAGUUUCCCACAAUGCCUCUGGCACUGGGGCACUGUAAUAAAAUAAAAUGGGACUUAGACCCAUUUGCCUGGUGCUGUUUUCAGAUGUUGCUGGAUGCUUCCAGGUAAGUUUCUCAGGGAGGAGAGGACCCACCAAAGGCUACUUUUCCUACGGCUAUCUCGAACUCAGAGCUGGCCCUGACCAGGAGCAAGAAAGAGGAAGGGGGCAUUGCAAGAUGAAUCAAAGUGUGUUUCUGUAUUCGUCUACUUUCUGUGAUGCCAAAAAAACCUUUGCUUCCUGUCAUCCAUCAUGCAGCUGCUCCCAGCAUCCCAGAGAAGAGACCUGAGCCGCUGUUUGACAACUUUGAGUACUUUCAGGAUAAGGAAGAUGACUUACAUAGGAAUUACAAUGACCGCGCCUACCUAAGUUCUGAGGAUUUGGUCCGAGAUGACAGCCGCAUAGGUAUGGUCUAGGUGGGGGUAGGGGGGUGGGGAGGGAACACAGAAACCAACUUUCUGAUUUUCUUUCUUUCUUUUUAAAAAAUAGCAGCCAUGUAUCUAGGCCUCAUGUCUGCAGGUGUGUCUGAAUGCAGCGGAAGCUGGUGCCCUAGGGCUAAUGGGACACAGCCCUCCCAACAAUAAUGUCAAGCAAAAAAGAAAGAAAAGAAAUUGCCCCCCAAAUAUCAAAGCCACAUACCCCGUCCCACUUUUGCUUGAAGUCAGGGACACUCUGCAAACAUUCGUAUCAAUCUACCAUCCUAUGGAAAAUCAGGCCUUUGCAGCACUCAGCCAAAAAGCCAUGUGGCAGAUUGGACUGCACUUCAAGGCAGCCCCGCUAUGAAGGCUUCUACUCCCAUCUGUUGUUAGGAGGCUCACCAGCAUCCAUGGUAUGGCCUUGUGGGGCUGAUUUGGAGUCCAAACAUGCUCAGAGCUGUUUCCUAGAGCCACGCCUAAAACUCAAAGCACCUUCUUUGUAGCUAGCCAGAAGGAGGGUGUGGUUGCUAGUUUGAGCAGCGUGUUUUUAAUUACCGUAUUUUUCGCUCUAUAAGACGCACCAGACCACAAGAAGCACCUAGCUUUUGGAGGAGGAAAACAAGAAAAAAAAUAUUCUGAAUCUCAGAAGCCAGAACAGCAAGAGGGAUCACUGCGCAGUGAAAGCAGCAAUCCCUCUUGCUGUUCUGGCUUCUGGGAUAGCUGCGCAGCCUGCAUUCGCUCCAUAAGAUGCACACACAUUUCCCCUUACUUUUUAGGAGGGAAAAAGUGAGUCUUUUAGAGCAAAAAAUACGGUAUUAUUAAUGCUCCUUAAAAGGGAGAAAUGGUGGAGAGAGUGUGCAUCUUUCUAUGCUAUCCUUUUUAAUUUUGCUUUAUUUUGCAGUUUGUUUUUGUGAACUGGGGAGGAGGAUCGGGAGAAGAAAUGGUUCCCACAUUUGUUUUGUUGGAACUGUAGGGCUUUUGUGUGUGUCUGGGUUUCAGAGAAGUAUGGAGAUUUUGCAUUCCUUUUCCUGCCUCAAGGCUUUAAAAACGUUUUAGUUUGUUUGGCUAUUGUGAGAAGUUGGACUAGAAUGGCCUUUGGUCUUCUACAGUGGUGAUUAUACGAUGUACUAUUUAGACAAAGAAUACCUGCGGAAUCACCUCUUGCAUGCAAAAGGAAGCUCCUCAUUGGUGAGGCAGAUGCACUCUGUGCAUGCUUGUGCCAUUUAUUUCUAUAGUUCCUAAUCAGAUCUCCUCUGAUCGAGUCCGUGAGAGGAGACUUUGGCUUGCAAGGAAGAGCUGGUGGUGCUAACAGUUAAACCCUUAUUCUGCUCAUCCCAGGUCAGCUGAGUAGAAUAUUCUCUGCAUGUUUUCCUUUUCACUAUGCCAAUUGUCUUCAUACUUUUGAGCACGCCAGAGAUUGUGGAGACACCACUUAAAAAGUUCUCUUCUCUGUCACUGGUUCAUUUUGGGGUGUUGGGUAUUCUGGUAUCCUUUCAGUGAAAGGAGUAGCCAGCUAGCCAUGACUUACAGCACAAAUGAAUCCAUAAUCAGGUAGCACUUCAGAAUGUUUUCUUGCAUAAUUUUUUUAAUGGAUUGCCAAGACUGAAGUCUCUGAUGAAGUGCACUGUAGCCUGAAAAAGCCUAUGCCAUAAUGAAUUUGCUAGUUCUUUAACAUGCAAGUACUGUUCAUUUUUCUUGUUUGGCUAAAGUUGCACUAUGGUCUACCUUACAGGGUUGUUGUGAGGUUGAGAAGAUUGCAAAAAACUUUGGCAAACUUAAAAUCUGUUACAAAAAUGCAGGAUGGUGCAGGGGAUGGUUUAAAUGCAAUAUGGGAUCAUAGAUUGCACCCUGUCUGUGCACCACACCCAGGCGAGCUGGUCCUACCCAGACAACGACACGCUGGAUUUUCCAAGGACCUACAUGCAAAGUCCAAUGUCUGCAGGCCUUAAUAUCCUGAUUGUGUACCAGAUUCAUUUUUCUUUGAUUGCCCGGUUAGGCUUUUUCCAUGAUUCAAAAGCUGUAGGCAGGAGAGAGAGAGAGAGAAAAUUAAUUUUGCUUGUUCCUUAUUUAUCAGUGUUGCAUGUAUGACUAGUCCAUCUUCCCUUCAAGGAGCUCACGAUGGCAUAAUUCACGAGUCAUGUUUUCUCCGUGUUAUCCUAACAGCAACCCAGUGAGGCAGUGGUGGAGGAAGCCAGGGAUAGGGCGAGCCACUCAUAGGGGCGGUGCAAGCCGUUUAUGGGGCAGGGCCUCCAGAAUCUGCCUGCCUCCUCCCACUCAGCCGCCCUACAGCUGGGGGGGGGGGGAGGCAGCGGGCAGGCCGUUUGGGCAGCACGGAGCCUGUGCGCGCCCAAGCCACUGCUUCUUUACCAGGAGAGACGCAUGGUUCGGAUGUGCUGCAGGCCCCGCGGUGAAUGCCGCCUGGCAUUUUGUCACCCCCCUCAGUGGUGACACCCGGGGCAGCCCACACCCACCGCACCCCCCUUCCUCUGCCCCUGCUGUGAGGUAGGUUAGGUCGAGAGACUGGCCCGAGGUCACACAGUCAGCUUCAUGGCUGAUUUUUAACCCUAUGCUCCCAAGUCAGAGUCCAUUUAAUAGCUCUCCACCUUACGUCACAUUCUGGAAAUGAUAUAGCAUCCCUGUGGAAUUCAGUGGAGCUUACUUCUGAGUAAUGUACAGCUUCUUGGGCACAAACGUCCACACUACAAAUUGUGACAACAGGGAUUCCUUCUGAAUCGGGAUAAAGCACUUUUCUUUUCUUUUUGAAAAUAAUUUUUAUUACUUUUCCAACAAUUUAAACACUACAGAAACAAUACAAUACAAUACAAAAACACUACAUAACACUAACACAUUAAACACAUUAAACUAACAAAACAAAACAAAAACAGUUUACAACACAUCAAACAAUUUCAAUAUCUUAUCUUUCAUUCACUUAUUUCAAUGACCUCCUCACACCUCCCUUUUUGUAUUCCACUUCUGUUAAUUGUUUCAGCAAUUCCUUUCCAUCUUCCUCUGCUUUCUAUCCUUUAAUUAUCUUAACAAAUUCUAACCUUAUUUUUCCCUUUAAUACUCUAUUAAUCUAUUUAUACUUAAUUCCUUAUAACAUUUCUACUAAAGCCAUAUAACUUCAUUCCAACAUUUUUCUAACAUUCAUUAAUUUUACAGUAUUUCUGUAAGUAGUCUUUAAACUUUUUCCAGUCUUCUUCCACCGACUCUUCUCCCUGUUCUCGGAUUCUGCCAGUCAUUUCCGCCAAUUCCAUAUAGUCCAUCAACUUCAUCUGCCAUUCUUCCCGGGUGGGUAAAUCUUGUGUCUUCCAAUACUUCACGAUGAGUAUUCUUGCUGCUGUUGUUGCAUACAUAAAAAAAAUUCUAUCCUUCUUUGGCACCAAUUGGCCGACCAUGCCCAGAAGAAAGGCCUCUGGUUUCUUCAGGAAGGUAUAUUUGAAUACCUUUUUCAUUUCAUUAUAAAUCAUCUCCCAGAAUGUCUUUAUCCUUGGGCAUGUCCACCAAAGGUGAAAGAAUGUACCUUCAGUCUCAUUACAUUUCCAACAUUUCUUGUCGGGCAAAUGGUAAAUUUUUGCAAGCUUGACUGGUGUCAUGUACCACCUAUAAAUCAUUUUCAUUAAAUUUUCUCUUAGGGCAUUACAUGCCAUAAAUUUCAUACCUGUGGUCCAUAACUGUUCCCAGUCAGCCAUCAUUAUGUUAUGUCCAACAUCUUGUGCCCAUUUAAUCAUAGCUGAUUUCACCAUUUCAUCCUGAGUGUUCCAUUUCAACAGCAAGUUAUACAUUCUUGACAAAUUCUUAAUUUUUGGAUCUAACAGUUCUGUUUCCAGUUUUGAUUUUUCCACCUGGAAACCAACUUUUUUGUCCAGAUUGUAUGCCUCCAUUAUUUGAUAAUAAUGGAGCUAAUCUCGCACUCUGUUUUUCAAUUUUUCAAAGCUCUGCAGUUUUAAUCUGUCUCCAUCUUGUUCCAGAAUUUCCCAAUAUUUCGACCAUUUGGCCUCCAUAUUGAGUUUUUUCUGUGCCUUCGCUUCCAUUGGCGACAACCAUCUUGGGGUUUUCUUUUCUAACAAAUCCUUAUAUCUUAUCCAGACAUUAAACAAUGCUUUUCUAACAAUAUGAUUUUUAAACGCUUUAUGUACUUUUACCUUAUCGUACCACAAGUAUGCAUGCCAACCGAAUACAUUAUUGAAACCUUCCAGAUCCAACACAUCAGUGCUUUCAAGAAGCAGCCAUUCUCUCAGCCAGCAAAAAGCAGCUGAUUCAUAAUAAAGUUUAAGGUCUGGCAGGGCAAAUCCACCUCUUUCUUUGGCAUCAGUUAGUAUCUUAAAUUUUAUUUGAGGCUUCUUACCCUGCCAGACAAAUCUGGAAAUAUCUUUCUGCCACUUCUUGAAACAGUCCAUCUUAUCCAAAAUUUGCAAUGUUUGAAACAAAAACAACAUCCUUGGCAGCACAUUCAUUUUUAUCACAGCAAUUCGGCCUAACAAUGAUAACUUCAAAUUUGUCCAUAUUUCUAAAUCCUUUUUCACUUCAAUCCAACAUUUUUCAUAAUUAUCCUUAAAUAAAUUCACAUUUUUAGCGGUCAUGUUAACCCCUAAAUAUUUCACUUUCUUAACCAAUGUUAGUCCUGUCUCCUGCAGGAUAAAGCACUUUUCAGUUCAGUUAGGUGCUGUUUGUAAAAUUGCAAUGCUCAGGUGUCCACAGAAUAUUUGCAAAGGAGGAUGGGGAGGAAACCAGGACAGCUUGACCACACUCCUGUGACAUCUCAUUGGCCACACACUCAUGACCUCCUGGCAGCUCUAGCUACCACCACCUGCAUGACUGUGGGAAGCAUUGGCUAAAAUCUGGGAAGACGGAGGAGUGUGACUGAAUCACAUUUUUAGACGUUAGUGGUGGGCUUCACUGCCUUGCUUAGCAGCUUGCCCCUCCCAUAACAGUGCAAGAUUGAGAUUUGGUUUCUGCAAAUUAAAAUUAUGCAAACUUGCUCAGAUUUUCCAGUUGAUUCAGGUAGUAGAAUCCAAUUUUUGCUGUCACAGAAUUUGGAUAACCUGGAUACUUUUUUUAAAAAAAAAUUGUGACACUGAUUCCAUGCAACCCUCCUAAUAUCUUGAGCUGGUAUGUGGUGCACCAGGCAGACACCCAAGUAGGGAUGUGGGGAGAAAAUCAAUCCAUUUGCAUUUAAAGGCAAACUUCUCUAUUUCUCACUUUCCAACAUGGUACCCAAACUGAAACACAGCCACCCUUCAAAACUCACAUUUCUCUGAAUUUUGCAGUGUAGUUUCAUUGGCAAAGGUUGCAUUAAAAUGCAUAUAUUUGUGAAAACAACGUAGAAGAAUGCAUCAUUUUAAGAAUAAUUGCAUUGUAGAAAAAUGUACGUUAGCCAAAACUGCAUUAAAAUGUGUAUAUUGCAAUAAAUUCACACAAGAAUUCUGAUGAAUUUUCAGGAGAAUAUUUUUUUUCAGCACAAAUUUGACAUGGAAAUACAAGAAGCAAAUUUAAGAUUGGAAAAAUGAGAAACAGAGACAACCUAAAAGCAACAGAUUUGCCCGUUCCUUUACCCCUGUUAAAUGCAAACUCGGACCUUGGUAAAUAAGGACUCAAGGUAGCUGCGGCAGAAGUACAGGAAGUGAGGGAUUGGAAUUUGGAUAUUUUGCAAGGCGCAAUUUAGGCCUCCUUCAACCUUGCGUCAUAAGAACACGUUGGGACCAUCCCAAUGAUUCACUAGUCCAGCAUCCUACUAUAGCCCUCUCCUCCAUGCAUUUGUCCCAUCCUCUUUUAAAGCCACCUAAGUCAGUGCCCGGGACGCAGGUGGCGCUGUGGGUUAAACCACAGAGCCUAGGACUUGCUGAUCAGAAGGCUGGCAGUUCGAAUCCCCAUGACGGGGGGAGCUCCCGUUGUUCAGUCCCAGCUCCUGCCAACCUAGCAGUUCGAAAGCACGUCAAAGUGCAAGUAGAUAAAUAAGUACCGCUCCGGUGGGAAGGUAAACGGCGUUUCCAUGCACUGCUCUGGUUCACCAGAAGCAGCUUAGUCAUGUUGGCCACAUGACCUGGAAGCUGUCUGCGAACAAACGCCGGCUCCCUUGGCCAAUAGAGCGAGAUGAGCGCCGCAACCCCAGAGUUGUCCGCAACUGGACCUAACGGUCAGGGGUGCCUUUACCUUUACCUUUAAGUCGGUGCCCACCACUUCUCUAUUAAAGAGAAUUUCUAUGGAUUUCUUCUACCACUGUGUCCAUGUUAACUUCUACCCUGAAACAUUCCCACCUCAGGCUUUGGAAAUCUGCUAGAAUGUCAAGUGAACAAUACAUUGUUAGCUCUGCUUGACAUGUAACUCCCUAUGCUGCUUUGUACUCAAAGACAUUUUAACCGUUGUCUCCUGAUAACAGUGUUGUGGGAUUUGUUUGUGUAAUUCAGCAACAAAUCAUCAUCAUCAUCAUCAUCAUCAUCUAAGGGAGCCAGUGUGGUGUAGUGGUUAAGAGCGGUAGUCUCGUAAUCUAGUGAACCAGGUUCGAUUCCCCGCUCCUCCACAUGCAGCUGCUGGGUGACCUUGGGCUAGUCACCCUUCUUUGAAGUCUCUCAGCCCCACUCACCUCACAGAGUGUUUGUUGUGGGGAGGAAGGGAAAGGAGAAUGUUAGCCGCUUUGAGACUCCUUCGGGUAGUGAUAAAGCGGGAUAUCAAAUCCAAACUCUUCUUCUUCCUCCUCCUGAGGGAGGCAGUUCUGCAGAUUAACAAUGUGUUGCAGGAAGAAGUCUUUCCUUUGAUAUGUCUCGAAUCUUCCAGCAUUGCGCUUCAUUGGCUGUCCAUGAGUUCUACCAUUUUGAGAGACCCAAUUUUAUACAGUUCUGUCAUGCCUUCCGUUACUCGUUUUUCCCGCAAUCCUCCAAUGCUACAGCCUUUCCUCAUCGGGAAGUUGCUCCUUUCCUUUGAUUAUUUGGGUUCCCCAUUUCUGAACCUUGUCAGGUAGUUCACUCUUUGCAGCAGAUAGAUAGAGGGUGGUUUUGGAGGGGGGUUUGGGGGGGUGGCCAUUACUGUUGUUUUUUGCAGAAUGCUGAAGUUAAUAUAAUAACAAUAGAGGCUUUUUGGAGGACAGUAAUAAAUAUGAUUAAUGGCAUUUUCCAAAUAAAUAUACAAUUGGGACCAAUGCUAUCCUUAUUGAAUUAUGUAAAAUUCUUCCCCUAGCUAGACAGGACAGCGUCGCUUUUGUAUAUAAUUAGAAAUGCAAUGAUGUUAUAAUUGAGUAAACAAAGGGAUUUUUUUUAAAUUUAAGCAAUCCUACUGCAGAACAGAAUUAACUUUUGGAAUCGGUUUAUGUUUACAGCGUUUACACGGUUCCUUGCAAAUAUACAUGGUGCUUUUGUAAGACGGGGACAUGGGAUCCAACACAGUAGAAAUGAAUCUAGCACUUGUGAAUUUAUAAAACCUACAAAGGACAGAUCUGUAAAGUGAGUUUACUAGGUCAGUUUAUAAAUGUGGUUAGGAAUAAAUUUAUCAGUUUUGAAAAUGCAAUCGCCGAUGUUUAGAGUUUUAAUACUUUCAGUAUGAGUAAGCAUGGUUUUUGUAUGUGUGCAUGUUUAUGUCAUCAUUUCUUGAACUUGCGUUUAAAAAAAGAUCCAGUGGAGGCAUUAAUCACAUAUAAAUGUAGAACUGUAGACUUCGAAAUAUAUAUAUCUCUAGUUCUUCAGGCUUCCUGGAUCACUUGCAAUGUAUGCAGAAUCACAGGCAGUUCGCUUUUGCUCCUCAGAUUUUGUGUCCUUGCUAACCAGCGGCUCAGAGACCCAGACGCCCGUGUCCAGUGCAGUGGCAAAAGCCAGGUUCACCCUUGUGCGUUCUCACCUCCUCUUCUCAAUCAACUAUGAGAGGUGAGUGACACCCAGUCUGAUGUUCAGGAUGGGGAGAAGCAUGUGGCAGAGGUGGACUUUGGUGAUUUUGGGAAAUGUGGUGCCCUGAGCGAGGCCAAAAUUUGGCACCUCCAAUUGUUCCAUCUAGCAGUCGUACCUUGGAUCCUGAACACCCUGGUACUUGUACGUUUUGGCUCCUGAACACCGCAAACCUGAAAGUGAAUGUUCCGGCUUGCGAACGUUCUUUGGAACCUGAAUGUCUGACGGGGCUUUUGACUGGUGCAGGAGCUUCCUGCAGUCAACCGGAAGACGUGCUUUGGUUUCCAAAUGUUUUGGAAAUCGAAAGGACUUCCAGAAUGGAUCCCGUUUGACUUCCAAGGUUUGACUGUAUCUUUUACACUCAGUGGCAGCAGCUCUACAGGGUUUCAGAAGAGACCAUUUCCAGCUUAUUUGGCUGUGAUUCACCCCUUGCGCACAUGCACAAAUUCACUUGCUGCAGCAAUAAAAUCGUGAGCACAUUUAUGCAGGUUCUGGUAUGGUUUCAAGCUGGAUGGGAGACUGAGAUUACUGCAUUGCAGGGGGUUCAUAGAAUCACAGAAUUGGAAGGGACCCCAAGGGUCAUCCAGUCCAACCCCCUGCAAUGCAGGAAUCUCAUCUAGAGCAUCCAUGACAGAUGGCCAUCCAACCUCUGCUUAAAAACCUCCAAGGAAGGAGAGUCCGCCACCUCUUGUGGGAGUCUGCUCCACUGCUGAACAGCUCUUACAGUCAGAAAGUUUUUCUGAAUGUUUAGUCGGAAUAUCCUUUCUUGUAACUUGAAGCCAGACUGGCUCACCAGAGUGGUGCAUGCUCGAGUUAUCUCCCGCUUGGACUACUGCAACGUGCUCUAUGUGGGGCUACCUUUGAAGGUGACCCGGAAACUGCAAUUAAUCCAGAAUGCGGCAGCUAACCUGGUGACUGGGAUCGGCCGCCGGGACCACAUAACACCAGUCCUGAGAGAUCUCAUUGGCUCCCAGUAUGUUUCCGAGCACAAUUCAAAGUGUUGGUGCUGACCUUUAAAGCCCUAAACGGGCUCGGUCCAGUAUACCUGAAGGAGCGGCUCCACCCCCAUCGUUCAGCCCAGACACUGGGAUCCAGCGCCGAGGGUCUUCUGGCAGUUCCCUCAUUGUGAGAAGUGAGGUUACAGGGAACCAGGCUGAGGGCCUUCUUGGUAGUGGCUCCUGUGCUGUGGAACGCCUUCCCUUUAGAUGUAAAGGAAAUAAGCAGCUAUCUUAUCUUUAAAAGACAUCUGAAGGCAGCCCUGUUUAGGGAAGUUUUUAAUAUUUAAUGAUGUAUUGUUUUUAACACUUGAUUGGGAGCCGCCCAGGGUGGCUGGGGAAACUCAACCAGAUGGGCGGGGUAUGUAUAAAUAAAUAAAUAAAUAAAUAAAUAAAUAGUUUGGCAAGAUGACCCUCAGGGUCCCUUCCAACUUGAUAAUUCUAUGAUUCCAUAAUGCCCAGGGUGAGACAAUAGCACAGCAAGCCCUGCGCCUAAAACAGAAAAGGGGUGAUGUAAAGCCCUUUCUUGGGGUUCACAUACCAGCUGCCCUGCUCCCCAUCUCUCUCUCCCCCCGGACUUCUCUGUUUCAUUGGCUUCAUAGCACAUCUUGCUGACAGGCAGCUGGUGUUCCUCCGAUAUCAUUACGAAACAGCUGAAGAGGCAUGGGUGAAUCCCAGCUUGGAAUUUCUCUGUAUCCGUCCCAGGCAGAAAGUCUCCUCCCCGUCACGGUGGUUAUUAUUUUUUAUUAAAAACAAAUUUUGGGGGGAAAGGCUCCAGUAAACAAGUUCAGCGUCCACAUGUUGCCGAGGCCCCAGCUGCCUCUCCUUGCUUGCUCAAGGCUGGGGUCAGCAGGGGUCUUUCUGCCUUCUGCCUGGGGCUUGGCUCCGGGGAGCUGCAAUCAAUCAGUCUCUCCCGAUUGUUAAAUCCUCCUUCUGCCUGCUCCGGGAGAGAGCUGCGGCCAGCCUCUCUGCUGUGGUGGUCCCUCCUCUUUUUCCAGGCCGUUGCAUAGCCAAGCGGUGACUAAUUUCAAAAUGCAUCCACAAAUCCCCAAAAAACGGCCUCAAAGGCUGUCGUUAUUCCUUUUUAAGCAGGGCCAAGGAGAGUUGCAUUUCUCAAGCUGCGUAAGGGAGAGAGGCUAGCCUCCGGAGGGGCACCAUCUAUCCUCCUGUUCAUUGGCAAAAACCUGGGGGUCUGCAACUGUGGUUCCUUGCUUGCGGACGGCAAGCAUAAAUCUCCUUCUGGACAUUGUAUCUCAGUGAUUCCUCUAUAACUCGGUGGCAGAGGGUGUGCUUUCAAUGCAGAAAGCCCACAGGCUAAGUCCCUGCAAUCUUGGGGUGGCCUGGGGUGAACCACACAAUUCAGAUAGCAGUACUGAGAAAGACCUUCCUCUGCCUGAGACCCUGAGUAGCCUAGGGUGGCCGUGCAGGCUAGAGAUGAUGGGAGCUGGAAGGAAUCCCCCAGGUCAUCUAGUCCAACCCCUUGCAAUGCAGGAAUCACAGCUAACGAAUCCCCUACAGAUGGGCCAUCUGAACUCCAAGGAAAGAGAGCCCACCACCUUCUUGAGACUCAGUAAAGCUGUCCCUGGGCCUUUCUGCAUCCUUGGAAAAGUACAAAAUGAAGAGAUAACCAAAUACGCAGUAUGGCAAUGCAGACUUUGAAUGCUUGUAGACAGGGUGACGUUGCCACACUACCAGAUGAUAGCAGUAGCAGUCUGGGGACACUUUUAGCAUGCACUGGGCUGCAAAAUCCAUUGGCAUUUUGAAGGCUGUUUAAAGAAGCUAGCGGGGCGCUCUGGAGCUAAGUCAGGUUGGUGGCACCAGCCUAACCUAUUCCUUCUGUUCAGUGUUUUCUGUUCUGGUUGCAACCUCAAACCCACAGCCUCUGCCUCUUCUUCUGCAGGCUGGGCCAGCCGAGCCGAGUCCGUUUCACAGACGCCGGUGGGACUGUCCUCUUUGAGCAUCCUGUGCAAAAGGGCCCCUCCCCCCAGAAUAACAUGGUGAGUGACCCAUGAGGUCAUCGUCCCAAUUAUUCUACUCCCCUGUGGGCUUUGAAGCACUAUGUUGCUGAAACAGCAAGGCAUGUUGCUGUAGAGCAGCCUUUCUCAACCUGUGGGUCCCUAAGAUGUUGUUGGACUACAACUGCCAUCACCCCUAGCUAGCAAGGCUAGAGCUCAGGGAUGAUGGGAGUUGUAGUCCAACAACAUCUGGGGACCCACAGGUUGAGAACCACUGCUGUAGAGGGAAGUGAGGGGCAGGUGAGGCUCGUCCACCUGGGAAGGCAGCCCAUCUAGGAGAAGGAAAACUCUCAUCCUAAACAUCUGCUGCCUCGUGGGAUAUCUUCGGGAGAAGAAAAGGCUCAAGAGUAAACCCUACACAAAUCCAGAGUGGAGUCUCUAAGACGGUUGGAAGGUGCCUUGUAUACUUCCUUCUGGCAAUUCCUGCAGCCAUGUUGGUGCCAAUAGCUUUGCUCUGCCUCCCUUUGGACCACAUCAGUGAGGCCAAGAGGGGGGGUCUUGUCAUCUGGGUAGCCCAGGACCUCCAUAUGCACUAUGCCCUGGGGAGGUGAACUCCAUUCUCUCUCAAGACAGAUGCCAACAAUUGGCCAUGCUGGAUAUGCGCCCGGUCCUCUGGAUUUGCACUCUUUCCAAUAGCCUGAUAAAUUGGCCUGUUUCUUUCUGCCCCUCUCUCUGGACACUGUCUUCACAGAUCUGCGGCGUCUGGCGAAACCUGCAAAAGUCUUUGACGCGGCUGUUGAAGGUUGACCAGCUGCACAUUUCCCUGGUCACCAAGUCGCACCCUGAGGGCGAGAUACGAGGCAAAAUCAUCAAGCACCGGGCUCUCCUAGCAGGUAAUCUGUGAUCUGAGAGUUUUACCUUUGAGUACAGAUUGCUGUUUUCUAUUCUUUUUAGCGUCACAAAGCAAACAUACAAUAAAUUAGUAAGAGAAAGAAAUGGUGAUAUACCAAGGUAUAUCAAGACAUCCUAAUUUCCCCAGCUGGUGUGGAUGUUGUGUGUUGAGCAUCUAAGUCCGAAGCAGAGGAAAUAAAAUCCCACCAGAUGACGUAAAAGCAUUCUGGAUCCUCCACCCCCCUGGAAACAUGCAGUUUAUGUGUAAUAUUUUCCGUCGAGUGCAGAUUUCUGUCAUUGUCAGCCCUGCAAAUACACUCAGAGCUCUAACUCAAAAGUUACUGCUCAUGAUUCAAUUUAAAAUGCCUGUUGUCUUCCUGAUCUAGGAUAUUUGAAGAUCCUGGCCUGUCUGCUUGGUCAGCCUAAACAGUGGUUGUCCUGGACUGUAUGUGGGUGCAUGCCUUUUCUUUUGGAGUUUAUCCCUGGUUUUACCGUCAGGCCCAUUGCUAGAAGUUUUGCAAUGAGGCAACCUAAGUUAGCAGAUAAUCAUUGCAGAAUGUACGUACAGCUGCCUGAAUCACUCCUGACAUGGCAGAGUUAGAGUGUCAGUCUGGAGAGAAUUGGGAUUGAAUCCCUCCUCAAUGUGUGAAGCCCAGCCACCUCCUCUCAGCCUAACCCAGGGUUGUUGUAGGAAGAGAUGGGGUCAUCCCAGGCUGUAUACUCCACCCCAAGCUCCUUGGAGCAAGGAUGAAACAGAAACGUGAGGAGCAAUGAUAAUAUCUUUAGUGAUAUUUAACUGCAUUGCUCCUUGGAAAAAUAAGUGAGAUGCAAAUGCAAUAAAUGAACAAAGAAUAAAAUCACUGGGUUAUUCAAACUGGAGACGCUGGAGCCACACUCUAAAUCCAGCUGGUUCCUAUCGGCUGCCUUUGUCCAGAGGUCUCCUUGAGGGACCUUGAUUCCUGAGAAUUCCUUGCCUGUAGUCGGGUGUUUCUCCCAAUGGGUUGGGUUUUUCUCUGGCAUUUCAGAUGCCGUUUCCUCCUAAGGCUCAGAACUUUUUUAGCCUCACCACCAGAGGCCUCACCUAAGGAUCCUGGCUUCUCACCUCCAGACUGGGCCUGAUCUGGGGCUCAGUGUAAUGCUGGAACCUCCAGGUCAACCUCUGAUGGGGAACCCUGCUGGCUGAGACAUAACACCACCCAGAUGAGCCAUUGCGUCCUGCUGGGGACAUUCAUGGCUCCAGCUGAGCCCUUGCCAGAGCUUCAGUGUGUCUUGCACUUCUGGUCUUUCUUGGGUCCUGUUCUCCUGGCUUGUUCUCCAGUUCUGCAUUGCCCACCGAGGCUAGUUGUUCUUUGGUCUGGUCUCCUGACCUGUUCCUCAGUACAGUCAUACCUCGGGUUACAGCCGCUUCAGGUUGCGUUUUUUCUGGUUGCGGACCGCCAAAACCUGGAAGUACCAGAACGGGUUACUUCCAGGAUUCGGCGGUCGUGCAUGCGCAGAAGCGCCGAAUCACAGCCCGCGCAUGCGCAGACGCGGGUUGCAAACACUGCGGGUUGCAAACGUGCAUCCCGCACGGAUCACAUUCACAACCUGAGCGUCCACUGUACUGGUUCAUCCUUGUCUCCCACUUUGCUCACCAGUUUUGACAUCUGGCCCAUCUCUCAGCUCCUGGUUCUCACAAUGUGACUCCUUUCAAACUGCCGCCCGAGUCCCAAACCUGACAAGACCCUUGGCCCAUCCUGUCCAGUAGUCUGGCAGCCCUGGCUGCUCGUACAACAGGGAAGGGCAGUAGGUCAGUGGCAGAGCAUCUGCCUUGCAUGCAGAAGGUCCCAGGUUCAACCCCCAGCUUCCCCAAGUAGGGCUGGGAGAGACCCCUGCCUGAAACCCUGGAGAACAGCUGUUGGUCAUUGAAGAUAGUACUGGCUAGAUAGAGCAUAGAGCAGGAUCCUUUGCUCCUGUGCACAAGUCUGCCUCUGACCCCCUGCACUCUCAGGAGUCAGGAGCAAGCCAGCAAUAACUCACACAGUGUCAGUGAAGUUAACUCUUUACUCAAAGAAGCAAGACAGCUCAGGAGGCCAGGCCUAGUGAGCACAGCAACUCAUCUCAGUAGAUCUUGGCCCUAUGAGGCUGAGGACUGAACCUUCCCACAGUUCUCCAAGUCUCCUCCUCCCCCAGGUCCUUCCCAAGCAAUCUGAGACUUCAUCGCCUUGUCUGCCUUUGCUCUGUCCUCUUCAUACCUCUUCUGGCUCUGGGAGACCAGGGAAGAGGGGAGCUGGUCACAGCAGGAGGGGAAGACCCCUUGGCUUCUUCAGCAACCUGCCUCAUCUCUGCCUCUUGACACCCCCUCUCCACCUCUCCAGCCUCUGCUUCUGCUUCUGGACUGCUCUCUGCCACAGAGUCUCCCUGCUCACUAAACCCUGUCACCUCUUCAACUUCCAACACCUCCUCCUCCCAGGACCACUCAUUGUCAUCCUACCACUCCCCAGGCUCUGCAACCUUCUUCCCUUUGGGGGUUCCCCAGCUGGUGUCUCCCACCAAUCCAUGACAAGCACUGUGCUCUUGCUUUCCUCUCCAUUUCAGAAACAUUCAGUGCUAUCCUGACAUCCGUCGACGCAACCCACCUUGGCAUGGGGGGCAUUGCUAUGCUCACCCUGAGUGACGCGGAGAACAACCUGCAUUUUGUCCUUGUCACCAAAGGGCUACUGGAGCCGGUGGAGAAAAGUGAGCAAGGGGCAGAAGUUCAGGGGGUUGUGGGGCAGAUGCAGUCAGGUGCCUGAGCUUGGCCCAGCCAGGGGAGAUGAACAGACAAGACGGGUCUGAUGGGUAAAAGCUGGGCUUGUGUCAGAGAGAAGUGAGUUCAACUCCCACAACAGCCAGGGACUAAAUUAUAUCUCCUUCUGGGCGUUACAAACUGUUGACCUCAGUUCCUUGUCUCUGAAACAAUAGCAAUUCAUGUUUGUCGAACCUUGAUGAAGAUUAGGGCUGGUUCUGUGUUUGAGGGUGCCUGGACAAAGUGCCCUCAGUAAGGGGCCCUAGUGUGCUGCCUUCCCCACCCAGUUGGCCCUACAGAGGACUUACAGUGGCCCUCUGUGGGCCCCAGCAGCAGGCUAGGACCUCUCACCAUCUGGGGAGGUCAAUCAGUCAAUUUAUUGUGCAUAGCCAAAGGCCUUUACAAUGUACAGCAGAGGGCAAGGCAAGGUUUUCCUCUGAAAUCGCACAACAUACAGUGGUGCCUCGCAAGACGAAAUUAAUCCGUUCCGCAAGUCUCUUCGUCUUGCGGUUUUUUCGUCUUGCGAAGCACGGCUAUUAGCAGCUUAGCGGCUAUUAAUGGCUCAGCGGCUUUAAGAAAAAGGAAACAAACUCGCAAGAACUCGCAAGACGUUUCGUCUUGCGAAGCAAGCCCAUAGGGAAAUUCGUCUUGCGGAACGACUCAAAAAACGGAAAACUCUUUCGUCUAGCGAGUUUUUCGUCUUGCGAGGCAUUUGUCUUGCGGGGCACCACUGUACCCUAUAAAAAGUUCACAGCAUAAAAAUUUAAAAUUAGAGAGCAUUGAUAUAUCCAGAAUGGAGUUUCUUAGCUGCCAGAGCAAAUUUGGCUAUCAGGUGUAUAAUCUGUAGAUCUUUACCAGCUAGGAGCUCGACUGUCACCUCCUGGGGGGGAUCGGCCUGAGAGGCAAGUCAAGAGCAGGUGACAAAAAAAAUUCGCUGGGCAGUGAAUAUAAGGGCAAAGCAGCAGGUAAUGCAUGACACCCUCAACCUGAUUGCAUCCAUAAUUGCACCUGCGUUCCUUCUGGGGAGGUGUGAAGGGGGACCCAACAGUGCAGACAGAAGCACUGGGGCCAGACCUUCCUCCCACCUCCAGUGCAUAGUUGUGCCAUUGCAUCCCUGGGAGAAGAAACGCUGUGAUGGGGCAAGUCUAGCUUCAUGUACCUGGCACUCCACUCUGCACCAGGUAAAUAAAAUGGAGGCCCUAGUGAAGCCCACUUCGGCCAGGGAGGGUCUUGAGUGUCCACUGCUGGCUGGACAACCUGUCCUUGAACCCCAAUCAUGCCUCUUGAACCCUGAUAAUGCCUCUUGAUUGCCUGGCUGGAAGAUAGAGAGGGAGGUACAAAUGUCUGUAGAAACAAGCCUGUUUUGGCAAAGGUACCAUUUACAUCCUUUGCCUCUCCCCACUAAGGGCAUGUGGCCCCUGGAAAGUUGACCAUGGGAGAAUUUGGCCCUUGGUUUUAAAAAGGUUCCCCACCCUCGCUGACCUAGUGGGGCAAGGAAACAGGAGUGGGGGUGAUGCUGGUCCACAGCGCUGCAAAGAGCGGCAUUGACGUGUUUUGCCUCUUCCUUCUUCCUUCCCAGAAUCCUCCUGGCUCCCCCUGAGGGUGCAGAUCCUUCACCAGGACAGGGUCCUGAGGGAGGUGCUGGCCAAUGUCUCCUGGCAGGUAAAAGCCGCUGUAUCUGAUCUCUGAGCCAAACUGCUUGCUGCUUCCUCCUUUGCAGGCGUUACUUAACGGUGUUCCUCCUCCUCCUCCUCCACUUCCCCCUUCCUCUCAUUUUGCCACAUCAGGACCCCGACUUUGCAGAGGUGCUGUCUGGACUGGCGGCUCGAGAAAUGCUGUGGCUGGCGCAAGGGCAGCUGGAGAUCGUCGCAGAGGUGGAGGGCAGGUUUCGCCGUAAAAUUGCUGGCCGGAUCACUACCAGAAAAAGCUGUGACAGUGAGUUUGAAGGAGGAGGAUGGGCAGAAAACAUCGCCCGUUGGACUUCUGCCUGCUGCACAGCUGCCCAUGCAGCUGAAUACAGCACAGGCUCUGGUUGCUGUUGAUGGCUUCCACAUGUAGAUUUGGCUCGCACCGGCCCUGCCAGCUCUGUAGCCUUACUGCACCCUCUUCUUCUUCUUCGCAAUGUGGUGUAGUGGUUAAGAGCGGUAGUCUCAUAAUCUGAUGAACCGGGUUCGCUUCCCCGCUCUUCCACAUGCAGCUGCUGGGUGACCUUGGGCUAGUCACACUUCUCUGAAGUCUCUCAGCCUCACUCACCUCACAGAUUGUUUGUUGUGGGGGAGGAAGGGAAAGGAAAAUGUUAGCCGCUUUGAGACUCCUUCGGGUAGUGAUAAAAUGGGAUAUCAAAUCCAAAUUCCUCCUCCUCUUCUUCUUGCCCCCAGCCAUCCAGAGUGUGCUCUGUGGAGGAGACGCCUUGAUGCCCACCCAGACGGGGGCUGUGGGCUCUGCCAAGCUCACACUGCAUGAGAACGGGACUUUGGAGUAUCAGGUAGGAAGAAACGUCUGGUGGUAUUGCACGAGGCUGGAGCAAACAACAUUGAUACAUGUCUGUCUCUGUGUGCGCACACACUGAUGCAUGCCUGAUGCCAGAGCCUGGCAAAACAAGGUACCUGCAGACCCCAGAUCAGUUGAGGGGCCAUCUCUAUGACAGCCACGCUGCCAUCUCGGUUCUUCCUUGUUGCAGAAACUGACUUUGCCAGAAGUAGCCUCUGAACUGACAUAACCCCAUAUAGUGUAUGUCCCAGAAUAAAAAAACACCAGGUCGUUCCCACCUUCCUCUGCCACACCAGUGAUUUCAAGUUCCCCCAACCAGUUCACAUCAGGUUGGCCAGGAACUAAACCAAGCAUCUUUACUCACCCACUGUUCCAAAAACCGAUGCAUCUUCAUUUAUUUUCUAGCCAGUGUGGUGUCGUGGUUAAGAGCUGUAGACUCGUAAUCUGGUGAACUGGGUUUGCGUCUCCGCUCCUCCACAUGCAGCUGCUGGGUGACCUUGGGCUAGUCACCCUUCUCUGAAGUCUAUCAGCCUCACUCACCUCACAGAGUGUUUGUUGUUGGGGAGGAAGGGAAAGGAGAAUGUUAGCCGCUUUGAGACUCCUUCGGGUAGUGAUAAAGCGGGAUAUCAAAUCCAAAUUCCUCUUCUUCUUCUUCUUCUUCUUCUUCUUCUUCUUCUUCUUCUUCUUCUUCUUCUUCUUCUUCUUCUAGUGAACCCAAAUUUUGUAGGAAUGCAUUUAGGCACUAGGACAUGAUAUUACUAAAUAAUAUGUCAAGUGAAGGCCACACCUAAGGAAAUUGUGUAAGGAAGGACACAUAGAUUGAAUCAUUGGGUUUUGCAGGUCUGGUUGGAGAGUCUUGUCUCCUUUCCACAAAUCUGUGAGCCCCCAAACUCUCCCUUUUCCUUCUUCCUCCCACCCCAACAAUGUGCUCCUUUUCAGAAAAUCACAUUUCCUAGAAACUUUUUGUUUGUGUUGGGGAGGGAGAAUUCCUCUCCUUCCCCUCUCCCUUCUUGCCCAGCCUUGCCAGGCUAGUAAUCCAUCUUGGAUUAAAAUCGGAGCGUCAAAACAGUUUGGGCAUCCUCCUGCUCAUCUCGCCUUUGAUGCAAACAUUAUAAAUCCCCAGGCUAAUAAGAGGGGUGGGAGGGAGAAGGGUCGGGGUGUGAGCUUCAGGAGUAAGUGGGUGGGGGAAGGAAAAGGAGGGAGGGAGCAGAGUUUGAGCUGCCUGGCUGGGAAAGAAGGCGCAGGAGGGGGAAUUCUUUUACAGUUUGGAUUAGAAUCCAAGCUGCAAGAUGAUGUUAAUACUUGCUGUUUAUUUAAAGCCAACAUUACAAGCCCCUUGAGACUCAUUCUUCCAAGCCUUGAAAGAGACGUGUCUGUGGCGUCACAGCUCCCCAUGUUUCUCCUCCUUCCAGGCACUGAUGGGGUCUUCUUAGGCUAUGGCUUAUUUCUUUAUUUAUUAAAUUUCUGCCCUGCUGUCCCUCCCAAAAAGCAGAAAACCACUGCAAUUUUAAAAAAACCAUUAGGAACAUCUGAAAACAAUUAAAAAGGGUGUGGCAUGCCACAUUGCUGUGGCAGGAGAGGAUGACAAGUGUGGUGGGGAAGAUUCAAGAACAAUCAGAUAAACAUUGAAACAUUUCACACCUCUCGCUGAGUUAGUGUACAUACUUAAGGUACAUAUGUAAGAGGCUUGUUUAUAUUUUGGGAAUGAUUCAUGUUCUUCUGUAGCUGCGUUGUUUUAUACUUUCUGGACAGCCCUAGAUCAUAUUAUAAAGCACUUGUGCUCUGUAUUAUAAAUCAAGCACUGCUAGGACUUUUUUCUUUUUGUUUUCCAAUGUAUUUCUUACCAAUAAAAAAACCAGUGUGGUGCAAGCAAAUUCUUAUUCUGAAAGUGUGGCUCAGGGAAAAAAGUUUGCGAAUCUCUGAUAUAAACAGUCACAUACCCCCGCAGCUAAUGAUUUCAAGGUUGCCAUCAAUGGUGUAUUUCAGCUAACCAAUGCCUGGGUGAGCAGGAAUGUUUGUAGAUGCCUCGUGAAUGUUAAUAAUGAGGGUGGCAGGGAGCCACCACCGAGAAGGACCUGCCGUCACCAACUGGGCAGCAGCAGGGACAGCACCACCAACAGGGCCUCUGCUGCCAUUUGUAGAUGGUUAAUAUUGGGGGUAGCACUCUUUGCGGUAUUUGGGCCCCAAGACAUUCAGGGCUUUGUACACUAGUACUAACACCUUGAUUUGAACUUGGCAACUUGCUGAUGGCUAGUGUAGCACUUUCUGGACCAGUCUAGCAAGUUGCAGUCCACACUACUUGCAGCCUCCAGACCAUCUUACGUUUUCCUGCAUUGUAUGGAAUUGGACUCUUCAAUUCUAUGGUUCUAAGUCUCCUGUGAAGAUCUAGUCGCUUCUUCUGGGCUGUGCUCUCAUCCCGCAGGUCCAGGUGGCAGGAACAAGAAGCGAAGUGAUCGGCGUCACGCUAGAGACCAAACCUCGCAGAAGGAAUAAGCGCAACAUCGUGUACGACAUGACACCCAGCUACGAGGACGGAAUGGUGAGGGUUUGUGUGGAUCAGAGAGAGAUGCAGAAGGUUCUAGAGCAGUGGUUCUCAAACUGGGUGGUACCACCACCUAGCAGGCAGUGGGAUUCCCUGGGGGCAGAGGGUGCUGGCCAUGAAAAUCUAGCAUCACUGGAUUAAGUUCACCCAUUGGGUUGAAUUAAUCCAACUAAAUAGCUGGGACUGCUGAAUCGGCAGAGCAGGAGACUCUUGAUCUCAGAGUCGCGGGUUCGAGCUCCACGUUGGACAGAAGAUUCCUGCAUUGCAGGGGGUUGGACUGGAUGACCCUCGUGGUCCCUCCAACUCUACAAUACAAUACUAUGAUUCUAUCUGGAUUUUGAACAAAUUUGCAAUUAAUUGUUCCUGCUUUGAAUUUUCUUGAAUUAUUAUCUUCCUUAGUGGGUCGUGCAAUUCUGAAUAAUGCUUUUUUUAGGGCAGGGGGCACUGGGGAAGGGUUUGUGGAACCAAGAGAACAGUGUUCCAAAAAAGCUUAGGAGCCACUGCUCUAGAGAAAUUGGUGGUUGAGCCACUUUCCACUACAGUCGAGCCUUGGAAGUCGAACGGCUUAGUUCCCAAACAUUUUGGCUCCCAAACAUUGCAACCCCAGAAGUGACUUUUCCGGUUUGUAAACUAUUUUUGGAAGCCGAACUUCCGACGGGGCUUCCGUGGCUUCCGAUUGGCUGUAGGAGCUUACUGAAGCCAAUCAGAAGCCGUGCUUUGGUUUCCGAACAUUUUGGAAGUCGAACGGAUUUCCGGAAUGGAUUAUGUUCAACUUCCAAGGUACGACUGUAUGUGUUAGCUUUUUGCCCUUAGUUGCUUAUUGUGAAGGCCUUUGGCUAUACAGUAAAUUGAAUUGGGUAUAAUGUGUUUGCCAUCAUUGGUGACUUCAGAUGUAAAAUAUAUAUUCCAAAUUGGAGCAAAUGGCAAAUUCUGUGCACGGGUCAUGAUUGACCAUGUUUCACCAUUCUGUGUGUCUCUGUGUGUUUUUAUUUCCUCUUGAACCAUGCACCUUUGUUCAGGCCAGCGGGACCUGGGAGCAAGCAAAUGGGCGUGAUGUCCACAUGUUGUUGCAGAACGAGCUCUUCCUGAAUGUGGCCACCAGGGAUUUUGAAGAAGGGGAGCUGCGUGGGCAGAUCAGCAGCCUCCUGUAUGGUGGACUGCCAGCACGGCAUGAAGGUACCAGUGUGGAGAGAAUGUGUGUGUGAGGAGCUGAGCCGCCCACCAGGCCUGCUGACUAGUUGGGCUAGAACAACAGAGUCUUUGCCUAGUCCUUUUAGUUCUUGGAUUAGGCAGAAGCCUAUGACCAAACCAAGAGAAGGCAAGGAUGGUGGUAGGUGCCAGAGACUGGAGUUCAACAUCUGGAGGAACACAGGGUCUGGAAACCAAGCCUUAUAAGGAACGGUUGAGGCAGUUGGGUGUGUUUAGACUGGAGAAGAGGACAUCUUCAACUAUCUGAAGGGCUGUCACUUGGAAGGUGGAGCAAGCUUGCUUUCUCUUGCUCCAAAGGGGAGGACCCAAACCAAUGGCUCCUACUAUACAUUAGGAAGACCACCUGAAUGAAGCUUGCAGACCACUGGUGGUCCACGGACCACAGUUUGGGAACCCCUCCAUAGACAGAGGCAGGCAAGUGCUGCCCACUGUUGGCUUAAAUGUUCUGCAUGAAUUCAAAGCCCAGCCAAGUUUGGGAUCCAAACAUGCUGAAUUUUCAGGUUUGGAAAAUGCAGUUUAGAGGGGAAGAACUGUUUGAUCUGCAGCCAGACAAAUAGGCUGUUAAGUGUGAGCUACAGCUCUCGUGUCCCCAAGCCCUCCAACACCCCCAUGCCUUGCUGCCCACCUUAGAGUUGCCAGGUGACAAUGUGGCAGUGACAGUAGGCGCCACAGCUGGCAGAGUCCCCCUUCCAUGCAACUGUAAAAAGGUAAAGCAGCCCUGUCAGAAUCAAGACUUUGCUCCCUGACUCUCAGUCCCCAGCCUUUGCCUGCCCACUUCCACCCACCUCACAACAACUCACAGUCCCUCCUGGGGUUAGGACCAGGCUCACUUUGUUCUUGGCUUCUCCCUUUCCAUCCCCGCCCCCCAGAACAUGCCUUCACCACUUCCCCCCUCAAAUUCCUCCUUUUCACCAGAAUGCCUAUUCAGCCCUGUCUCGUCAACCAUCCUUCUUAACACGGCUGUCUCCCACUUUGGGUUCUGUGUGAGGUUUGAAUCCCAGCCAAACUGCUGAUUCCUCUUUUCCUCGCACAAAUUGGACUGCAGACUUUCUGACUACUCUGCACCUCUCUGGCCCUCCAUUGGAAUGUUGAGUUUUGUUAACAUUCCGCAGCAUCACCCUGACUCAGCCAAUUGGUUUUAGUCCCUUUGCGGACAUUAUCUUGCCAAAUUCAGAUUUUGAAAAAUUCCUCUAAAGCCCAAGAUGACACAAGAAGCUUGUGAUGCCUUAAAAACCAAAAAGUCUAUUAAGAUGCAUUUGGCAUGUGGCAGUGGACCAGCCCCUGAGCGUGUAACCCUUGGCUUUUGUGUUACAGAGCUUCCUGUCCCACUGGCCGGCCAAUUUGUGUCCCCUCCUGUGCGCACUGGAUCUGCUGGGCAUGCCUGGGUAUCCCUGGACGACCACUGCCACCUGCACUACGAGAUCAUAGUUGCUGGCCUUGGCAAGGCGGACGACGGCACCGUCAGCGCUCACCUCCACGGCUUUGCGGAGCUGGGCGAGCUUCGGGAGAGCAGUCUGCGGGAGCACAAGCGACUGUUGCGGGGCUUCUAUGGCACAGAGGUAAGGGGAAGGGCGGUCGCUCAGGGGUGCAUUGCAUGCAGAAGCCCCCAGGCUCAGUCCCUGGCACCUCCAGGUACGCUGCGUUAGCAGCACAGAAGCGAGCUCCCUGGGCGUGCAAGCCUUGGCAGUGUGUCUGGAGGUCCUGGGCUGCCCAGGCGACAAGACCCCCUCCUUGGCCUUGCUGAUGUGGUCCAAAGGAAAGCAGAGCAAGACAUUUGGCAUCAGGCUGCAGGAGUUGCCAGAAAGAGGCAUGCCAGGCACCAUCCAACUGUCUUAGGGACUCCUCUCCCGAUUUGUACAGCGUUGGCUCCUAAGCCUUUUCUUCUUCCAAAGAUGUUGCCUGAGCUAGUUUGGCCUCUUCCCUUUUUUGCGUGCCAUGAUAUUCUUCUUGGGAGGCAAAGGGCAUAGUUGUCAACUUUCAGAUUUGAAAAUAAGGGAUCAGCAGCCUCACCUGUCCCGGGGACAGUCUACGGGAUAUCUAACAAUCCAGGAUAGCAGCGGUAAAUGGCGCUUCAAUAAAGGAAUUUCCCGUAAAAAAAGGGAAAGUUGACAGCUAUGGCAAAGGGUGCAUUCUUCCAAAGGUCCUUAGCUGCCUGGCCAGUGACAGAGGCUAGAGUUUGCCUGCCUGUAUGUGGACACAAAACUAGCCCAAGGGGAGUGGCAAGAAGGGGCCUAAGAGACUAGGAUUGGGACCGAUGCCUUUGCCUGAUGGGGUUCUCCUUCUCACCUAGGCUCAAGGAGUAGUGAAAGACCUGGAUGAGGAGCUCCUCCGCCAUUUGGCUCAAGGCACAGCCUUCCUGCAAGUCAGCACUAAAGCGAACCCACGAGGGGAGAUGCGGGGCAAGGUCAGUCAUGGUCACUCUGCUGUUUCUCUCGGGAUUUUCUUGGGUUCCUCCAGACAACCUCUUUCUUGAGCAUUUAUCCUGGUUUGCUUGCACAAAGCUUAUGCGGAGGUUAAACUAUGUCCUCCCUUUACUGCAGAGUUGCUCUGUUUUUCUUUUGCAGGGAGGUUACACAAUAAUAAGCCUCCAUCCUGAAUUCAUCCUGAUCUUCUUGUGCAGUGGUUCCACAAUUACCCAUUAAAUCAUACACUUUUCAAUGCAUCUGCCUAUAGGCUCUGCUUUUCCAGAGAUCAUGCAAGCCUUUGAGCAUGUGAGGAGUGCUUUUUCUACUCUACUAAGUUCUGCCUCACAAGCAGCCUCCAACAACAUUUGGAAUUAGAGAAGCUUUCAAAAUCAAAUGGUCUCAUUUCCAGGGAGGCCCGAGUCUCACUGCCCAUUACAAAUUAGCCACUGCAGGUACACAGAAGCAUACCAACUGUUUUUGCAUCCUCAAGUUGUCACAUGCGCAACAAGUUGAUAUCACUGGGGUGCCGCAAGAAUUGCUGAGAUUAUGUAUGCGGAUCAUUUUGCACAUUUAGAAUGCACUACAAAAAUACUCUAGCAGAACAAAAUACUCUCAUCUUUCCUCGUAUGCUGACCUUUGUACAACUGUUCAGUGUUUGUAGUGGUUAAAACCUCAGGCCCAAACCUCUCCCCAGACUCCGUCGCUGCAGACAGUUUUCUCUUCAGCUUGGCUCCUUUCCAGUAUCAGAGCCAAGCUGAGGUAAAAAAGGGGGAUGGGAAGAGGGAGGGUUUGGCUUCUCUCACUCUUGCUGUCAGUAAUAAUAAUUUUAAUGGGAAAUUGGUAUCACAUUUGAUAUAAUUUGGCAUUGAUUUGUUAAAAAAUUGAAAAACUAAUAAAUAUCAUUUGGCAGCAACAACAAUAAUUUUUAAAGAGCCGACCGUUCCUUUGUAUAUGAAUGUCUGCACCCUUGAAUGGCAAACAUGGCUGCCCCUGUUUCACCCUCAAACAUAACACCUGGGGAGCUGUGAACUAUCCCCAGAGUCCUUUAACUCUCCACAAAAAUUGCUUAGAGGUUUGUGCCUACCAGGAACCUCCAAAUUGCCUCAGGUUUUUCUUCAGGUAGGUUCAUAGAGAUGUGAGGCGUGCACCUGAAAACCUUGUCAAAGUGCUUUUAGUUCUGAAACAUGAAAUACCUCAGGAACUCCAAAUCGGCCCAAAUUCAGCGGCAUCUUGAGGCAAAGCAGGUUAUUGUUUCUCAUUUCAGUUUUUAUAAACUGUUCUCUGCUUUCUCCAAAGAUGGCAACUGCCCAUGUAAUUUUUUUCUCCCGCGGGAGAGUGAGAGCAGAUACUCGCAUUUUUGUGAAGUUGUAGCAGCAGGGUGGGGCUGGUCGAUCCUGUCACAAAAUGGCGCCAGCCGAACCUUUCUUAUCUAUGUGUAGUGCUAUAAAUAAAGUAGAAGAUCAUUUGCCUGACCUGAUCCACUUGAGGCUGAGCUGAAUUUGCGGAUAUUCCUUGCCAGGAUAGAUUCUUGAAACUCUCCCUCCCUCCCAAGGACAUUUUGGAUAAUGGUUUGAAAGACCAGAGCUGCAGAAGGCCUUGUAAACUGACAGUGGCUGAGGUCACACAGAGAGAGAGUUUCCAAAAUUAUUCUCUGUCCCUUAGCUGGUGGAGAAAUUUAGAAGUGUGGCUAGGUGCCAGACCCUGAUGCUUGCCAAGAUCUUAAAUUCUACACUUAACAUAAGGAUUUUUGCAUUCUUAGCAACUGCUCGCUGCAGGGUUUCUUCUCUGAAAGAGGCUUGCUGCUUUCAACUCCAGCGUGGCAGGCAGAAAUUCAGCAGGUGAAGCUUUUCUUGACCUGGCAGUGAAAUGAUGGAGAAUGUUGAUCUUGCUGAAAUGGUGAUCUUGGUUGAUCUUGCUGAAACCCGGUGUGCAAGUACUCCUGGUACCGUACAUGAAAAUGUAAACAGGUCUCAACCCGGUUUUACAUUUGUUGUGUGACCCUGGUGGUGAAGUCAGCUGCAUUGCCAGGAAGACCUUGCCACCAUCGCUUCCCUUCACUGUGGUGUGAAGGCAGGGCUGAACUGACCUGCAGUUACUUACCAGCCGUUUUUCAGUGCUAACUCCCCUGAUGCCUUCACCGGGGAAAUUGGUUAGGGAGAUGUUUGACAGACUCUCAUCUGCCUCAGCUUGCCUCUUCUGGGCCGGUGGCCAGCAUUGAUGAUGGAUUCCCAGAAGCCAUGCUUGGCUGGGAGCCUGCUGGCUGUUUUGGUGUCAGGAACAUGUACUUCCUUCUGAGCCUUGCUGGGGCUUCUUCCCGGGUGGAAAUGUGUUGAGGGUCACCUGCCCUGCAGGGGUUUUGCAGGGAAUCUUCUGCACACAUCAACAAGGCAGGUCAACUGGGCUUGGAUUCAAGGGUGGCUGCUUUGCAUUCAUGAGAUGGAUGCAAAAAUUGCAGUGUGGAGGGAGAGAGUUCAUUAGCGUGGCAUGCAAGAGUGCAUCCAGAUUUUUUUGCAAACAGAAGUUGCUGUGCCUUCUCCCCUCCCCUGUGCACCCAUGUCAGAGUGAGCCCAUCUUCCUUAAUGCCAAGCACAGCAUUCUGCAAAUCGGAUGCUAAUUUCAGUCAACGAUCUUGAAACUCCUCUCAUACUUCAAUCGGGCUGCCUACAUUUUAGAUUUCAUUUUUAGAUGUGCAGUUAAUGUUGAGGUGGCUGUACUUAUUUUUUUUUUAAGUCAGUGACCUUCGCAGAUAACUACUAAACCCUAUUUAAAACUACUGCGGAACCGCACCAUAUGUUUAAGGCACGUGGGUUCCACCAAAGAAUCCUGGGAACUGUCGUUUCUUCUUAGCUAUGUCUGUGUUUGUAUGAGUUAUGUGUGUUUUGUUUGUGUUUGUAUUGAUUCUUGUGAGCUGCCUUGAGUCCCGGUUCUGGAGGAAGAAGUGGAAUAUAAAUAAAUAAUUUGCAUAACAUUGUCUGCACUGUUAUCCGUUUCCAAAUCCAGUGUGCCAUCUCUGACAGUCACUGUUCCCUUAGGUGCACAUUCCCAACCGCUGCGAGGCAGGCGGCAUUCGGCUGGCUCCAGAGGACCCCGAGGAUGAGCUUCCAGGGGACCCAAACCCCAGGGACCCUGAAGAGCUGAAGAAAGACCCCAGCUCCUGCUACUUUGAAGGGCAGCACCGGCCCCAUGGCGCCCGCUGGGCCCCAGAGUAUGACAAGAAAUGCUCCGUAUGCAGCUGCCAGGUGAGCGGAAAGGCGGGGCCACCUCCCGGAAGACUGUAAGCAUCCAAAAAAUAAUAAUAAUUAGGGUGCAAGUUUUGUACAAACAGGAAGGUGUUUGUCCCCCCCCCCCCAAAAUCCCACUACAGCAGCCUUUGCCAACUUGGAGCUCCCCAGAGAUAGCUGGACUCCAUUUGUCAUGGAUGCUUUAGCUGAGAUUCCUGCACUGCAGGGGGUUGGACUUUCCAACUCUCCAAUUCUAUGAUUCUGUGAUUUUCAUCAGCCCCAGCCUGAAUGGCCAAGGGUGAGGGGUGAUUGGGGUUAGGGCCAGCCUGUUAGGAUGUGUCCAGGGAGAUGGGGGCAUCUGGCAGACCCCCUGCUGGCUCCAGCCCACUCGGAACAGCAUCAAAACUGUGACUCAAGCCUCAGAGACCUUUAGAGACUGAGCACGCAAGCCAGCAGAGAUAAGAACUCUUUGCAACAGAAGUGGCGGGCAGAGGCAUUUGCAAGCUUUUAUUCAGCAUUAGAAGAAAGGAAAAACAUGUCUGCUUCCCUUCGUGUCCAAGCAAACAGCAAAGGCAAAAGCUAUAUACAACGGAAGUUCCCAGCAGACUGUGCUGGAAGUAAACAGACAUGUGAACAUGUGAUAUACAACAACUCCACGUGCCUGUUUUAAAGGUGGAACGGAACUAUAUCCUAACAUCAGCCCCAGCCUGAAUGGCCAAGGGUGAGGGGUGAUUGGGGUCAGGGCCAGCCUUCCCGUAAGGUGGGAGAAGCAGCCACCUCGGGCACUGAUUUCUGGGAAGAUUUCAUGAGAUCUCACCGGAACCUGCUGGCAUUGCCAAUACUUCAUGCCACCACAGUGCAGCCUAGGGAAGGGACGCUUCGGCAGACAUGGCAAUGGAAGGCUGGACUGGCACUUCCUGAUUUGAUUAAAGCGGCGAAACGGGACACACCAGCCCUGAUGGGAGUUGUAGUUCAGUAACAUCUGGAUAUGUCAAGGACUGGACUUUCUACUGAGCUACGAUGGUCCUUCUCUGGACCGUUGCUCUGUUGUGAAAGGAGAUUAAUGCUAACACCCACAUGCUCAUUCAGAGCUGCCGUUGUCUGAAUAGCAUCGGGGGGUGGGUGCAGAAUCACAGCCGCUCCUCAAAGUGUAUCACUUCUAAGAAAGUAAGGGUGUAAGGAUGGGCAUGCAGGAUCAGAACCCGGGUUGGAAAGAAGCAGAUUCUCCAGAGCUGUGUGAAUGGGAUUUGAUACCUUCCUUUCUCUGCACGCUGCCUUUCAAGUCAGGCUUCCGAGGUGGAAUGACUCUUCUCUUCUUGUUGCCUCCCCUCCCCUAUCCUGCACCAUAGAAGCGCACUGUUAUCUGUGACCCUGUACUGUGCCCGACGCUCAACUGCUCCCGGCUAGUGCACCUGAGAGAUCGUUGCUGUCCUGUGUGCGAAGGUAACAUGGGGUUGAGCGGGGCCAGGUUAGAAAGUUGCAGAAGGAGAAGGGAGUUGGGAGGAGGGGGUUCUUAGUCUUAUACGUUGCAAAUAUCUAGAGGGAUCCAGAGGUAGGGAGCAUGAUGCAGAGCAAGACUGAAGUCUUACCCCUGGAUUAGGUAUGUAAAAAGUUUCCAUUCUGACAUAUUCAUCAGAGUCAGCACUGUUUCCAUUCCACUGCAGUUCAGUUUCUGCCAAAUCCUAAGUUAUUUGCCUGGGUUCCACUAUUCAAGUAAUUAUCUAAGGUUUCCUUUACAUAACUUACACGCAUUUGCCCUCCACCCCUGGCCUAGAUUGCCACAGGUUUCUCACUCCUGUGGUAAGAGGACUUAGCAGUUCCAAACACAGCGACUGUUGCUGCCCCUGCCCCUAUCUGUUCCCCAUGAUGCUUUCAUGUCUUCAUGUCUCUCAUCAUAUCUUCCUGAACAGAGGAGAAGGAAACUCCAGGAGCACCAAGACCUGCUGAGCGAGCCCAAGACAGCAGCGAAGGUAAGGGGAAGGGAGGAGAAGAUUUUCUGCAGGCAGAGGUGGAUUUAAGGCAGAAUGACCAGUUCCACCACCCUGGGCGCCAGGCCUAGGGGUGCCACAGUGUCACAACUAGCCAGCAGUGGCUCCCAGUUGGAGGUCCGUGGACCCCAGAGGGUCUGUGAGACCCACCCAGGGGGUCUGUGGCCCCAUUCACAUAGCAAUAACUACCAUAGAGGUAUCAGAAUCUCCAAAAGCAGGGAGUCCAUGGCUUGGCUUUUGAAAAAUGGGGAUCCACAAUACUUAGCUAAUUAGGAACUACAGACUUAGUGAAUUGAGCAGAAUGGAAGGCAAGAGGCAGAGGGGGUGCCAAAUUUUGUCGUCGCACAAGGUGCCACUGAAAUUUGAAAGACCACCGUCUGUCACUGCUGCAAACCUCCUGCAAACCUGAUAGCCGGCAAACCUGGCUAUCCACGGAGAAUGAGAGAUCCAAGCAAGGCGUUGCAUCAGUGGGGACGGCUGGUCCACUAGGGAGAGUGGGGCACUGCCCCUCCACCCACAGGCUGCCCUGAGCCAGCCCCAUAUUCCCUACCUUCUUACUUACAGCCAGUCCCAGGGGGCGGGGGGGGGGGUCUUGACUAUCCUCCUUAGUCUCAGCAACUCAGUUUGAGGAGGAGGAUGGAGACAAAACUAGAAGGCGUUGGCUCUGCCUGACAUUAGCUGUGGCGCCAACUCCUAUUUAGGCUACCGGUUUUCUGCCAGAACCGAACCAGCCAUUAGGCAGGGUGAGGCCACUUCCUCAAGUGGCAGAAGACCUCCCACCCCCACCCCCGGCAGCACAGUGCUCUGAUAUAGCUCAGUCGGUAGAGCAUGAGCCUCUUAAUCUCAGGGUCGCGGGUUCAAGUCCCAUGUUGGGUGAAAUAUUCCUGCAUUGCAGGGGGUUGGACUAGAUGACCCUUGUGGUCCCUUCCAAAUCCACAACUCUAUAAUUCUGUAAUGCACCUCCACCAGUGGUGGAGAAGCUGCAUCAGUGCCAAUUUUGAGCCAGGUCAUGUCCAUUUUGGGUGAGAUCUAGCCCGAAAUCACGUGAGAUGCAGACUGCGCAAGGUCUCAUGCAAUUUUGGGUGGGAUCUCACCCCAAAUCGGCAUGGAGUGAAUUGUCAUCAAAAAGCCACACCAUCUCCUUGCAAACUGAUUGUAAGGAAUGCUCAGUAAACAAGUCUGCAUAAUGCACCCUCUUAGAGCAUCCCUGUUCAGUACAACGUGUCCUUCAGCUCGAAGAGCAAUGCACAUGCCCCUUUCAAGACUGGGGAGAUGCACUCUGACCUUCCUUCUCCCACUGCAGGCUGUUACUUUGAGGGCGACAAGACGUGGCGAGGAGCAGGCACCCACUGGCACCCCGUGGUCCCUCCCUUCGGCCUCAUUAAAUGCGCCAUCUGCACCUGCAAGGUGGGUUCGUCAGCCAGGCCCUUGAGAGAAGCGUUCAGAGGAAGCCAAAGCUCACAACCAAAGAAAACCCUCCUCCUCCUCUCCUUUGCUUCUCAAAUGCUUUGUUUAUGCUGGGGUAAACAAGAAGCUGGUCUGUGGGCUUCUUUUAAAGCUUGGUGGCCAUCACAGACUCAUGGACAUCCAAACGAAGCUGAAUUCUGGGUGGAUAAAAUAAAGUAUUUUUUCAUGUAGUGCGGUUAAACUAUGGCUCUCACUUCCGUAGUAGUGUUUUGAGAGAAGGAGAAAGAAAAACUUUUCUUUGUUCGUUUUCUCUAUGCCAUGUAUAAUUUUAUAAACUUCUUUACUAGUCCUUUUCUUUAAACUAAAAGUCCCAAGCGCCACAGACUUUCUUCAUAGGGGUGCCUUUCCAGCCCCUUGAUCAUUCUGGUUGUCCUUUUCUAAAUCUGUCUUUAUAAUAACAAUAAUGUUUUUUUAUUUAUACCCUGCCCAUCUGGCUGGGUUUCCCCAGCCACUCUGGGCGGCUCCCAACAGAAUAUUAAAAACACAAUAAAACAUCAAACAUUAAAAACUUCCCUAAGCAGGGCUGCCUUCAGAUGUCUUCUAAAAGUCAGAUAGCUUUUUAUUUCCUAGACAUCUGAUGGGAGGGUGUUCUACAGGGCGGGGGCUAUUACUGAGAAGGCCCUCUGCCUGGUUCCACAUAACCUCACUUCUCGCAGUGAGGGAACUGCCAGAAGGCCCUUGGAGUUGGACCUCAGUGUCCGGGCAGAAUGAUGGGGGUGGAGCCACUCCUUCAGGUAUACUGGGCCAAGGCUGUUUAGGGCUUUAAAGGUCAGCACCAACACUUUGAAUUGUACUUGGAAACAUACUGGGAUUGUGCUCGGAAACGUACUUUGUGUACGCAUGCACAUGUGUGCAUGUGUAUACCUUAAGGUUGGUUUGCGCAUGGUGCUAUGACCCUAAGGCUCACAGUCUGUACCUGCCCACACUCUUUGCACAGGGAGCCACGGGGGAAGUUCACUGUGAGAAGGUCCAGUGCCCUCACCUGACCUGCAGCAACCCCAUUCGGGCCAACCCAUCGGACUGCUGCAAGCAAUGCCCAGGUGAGCCAAGCAUUCUGGGACAGCAAGCGGAACCAAGCAGUACUCCACCAGCCACAAGUCCUUUUGCUGCCACAACUCUGGUUGUUCACAUGGGGUGGGAUAAAGGAAGUGACUGCCCCAGUGCUUUUUCCCAGCAGGAAAGAAGAGGUAGGGAAACCUGUGGCCCUGCAGAUAUUGCAGGACUCCAACUCCCAGCUCAGUUUCUGCCAAGGGCACAAAUCCAAUCGCCAUAGAGGCAAGGUGCAGGUUACAAUAAGAGUCAUUGAUGCAUAGCUAAGUGCAAGAUAAGACAUUGGUCCAACAAACAACAGCUUGCUGGUCCCCCUAUUCAGUCGCUGAGCUUCUGCCUCUGCCAUGACAGCUCAGAAACUCAGGAGUUGUUGGAGGCCUUCAGUUCAGAGCAUUCCCAACAAAUAGCUGCCCAGCCUCUUGCAAGAGACUCUUGCUGAAGUUGCAAGCAAGACCACAGAAGCCUGAAAAAGCAGCUGCCAGCAACAGCAGUCCUCCUGCCUGCCUUUGCGAUGAGUCACUCAUUUAGAGUGCUCUGGAACUCCCUGCCUAGUGACAGCAAGCAGGCGCCUUCAUCAUACUGCUGGAAACUUUUCAGUUUCAGUGGGUCUAUUCGGAGGCAAGAUUUGGCUGCAUUUGUGUUUUUCAAUUUUUAAAAAAAUGUUCUACUGUUCAUUGUUCUUGACUUUUUUUUAGAUCCUUUUAAUUUAAUUUAACCGUCUUAAAUGUGUUUUUAAUUUUAUUUUAUUGUGAUGUAUCACUGGCGUGUUCACUGCCCUGGGCUCCUUUGCGAGGAAGGCUGGGAUAUAAUUUAAUGAAAUAAACAUAAAUUAAAUUGUUCUAUUUUCCUUGAUGGAGCAGAGCUGUGCCUGGACUGGGCCACUUCGGAUGGCAGUGGGCGGCUCACACAAAUGAAUAUUCCUCUAUACACACACAAAGAAGCAUCACUUCACCUAGGGUCACUGAAACUAGCAAGUCAGGGAGAAGGACAUGCUAGAAGGUAUAUUUGGUUUUUGCAGUGGGGGAAGCUUACAGUAUCUGAAGUGGUUCAGCCCAGACAUAGACUCCUCUGCCUCUGAGACCUUUUAAACCAGUCAUAGGUGUGUCCUUAAACGCCACUGUCAUGGGAGUCGACCAAGUCAGUAUUGGGAAGGAAGCCUAAAUCUUUCCUUUGAAUUCUGUGUGUGUUUUGUUCUUGGUGACCUCAUGAUUUAGGCAUUUCGGGAUGUUUUUUCCCACCAGGGAGUGUUCUGGGGCUCAUGGCCGCAUCUUCCUCGCCCUUCCAAAUGUUCUCUCUGUGUUCUUUCCGUAGCCCCAGAGAGGAGUCCCUCUGCCCUCUCUGACAUGAUGCAAGCGGACGGACCCAGGGCCUGCAAGUUUGGGCGGCAGUGGUACAUGCACAACGAGAGCUGGCACCCCACCGUGCCCCCCUUUGGGGAGAUGAAAUGCAUCACCUGCUGGUGUCUGGUGAGUGAGGGGCAGAAGGUGGCAGAGGAGGAGGGAGUUGAGCUGCAGGGGUAGGACAACCCCAGGCCCCAGGUCAAGGUGGAUUUGGGGAGCCUGGCUUCAGUGCACUUUCUGUAGACUUGCUCUGACCUCCAGCACCACCUCAUACCACUCAACUGUCCCGAAUUGAGCAAAGCAUCCCGGAAUUGCAGACUCCAUCCCUGUUUCCAAUUGGAUCCCGGAAUGUCCUGUUUUUCGAUCCGGUACUCUGGUGGGAGUCAGCUGGCUCACACCAGAGACACUCGGGUUGUUGUUUUUGUCUCGCGCUAGUCAGCCAGCUCCAGCAAGAGCUGGGGAUCAAAACAUGAGCAUCCCAAUUUUGAUCAUCAGCGGGAUGCUGGAGGAUAUGCCGCCCCCAAGUUUUGGCUGUAGUGUAAAUGCCUCCUGCUGUCCUUUUUUCAGUCUGGGGAGACUCACUGCCAGCGCCAAGAAUGCUCUCCUGCCUCUUGCUCUGGAGGGGAGAAAACGGAGGACAGCUGCUGCUCCAAAUGCCACGGUCAGUAGGAGUGUAGUUCUGUGUAAUAUAAAUGUAACAUUCUUAUGAUAAUCAUUAUUAUCUAUGGACUUCUUCAGUGGGCAGAAUAUUUUAGUCCUGCCUUUUUAUCAAUAUGAAUGUGUUCUUAUCUUUUACUGUUUUAGUUCUGUGUUCCUUUCUGUUUUAUAAAAGUUGAGCUAAUAAUUGUAGAAUUGUAGAGCUGGAAGGGACCACGAGGUCCACACCCAGCCACCCUGCACUGCAGGAAUUUUUUGCCCAAUGUGGGGAUCGAACCCACGACUCUGAGAUUGAACUAUCUAUAAUAAUGAACUGAUGAGGACAGCUGUCAGGUGGAAGGUCUUGCUCAACAGAAGAGGGUUAGAUUGCAAAUGACUGGCCUUCUUUUCCAAACUGCAGGAUGAGUGAUUUCAUGGGGCCUCAGCUGAAUCUGCUGCUGAAAACACAACUUGGAGGUUUCCAAGUUCCAGCUCCCACUAAGCAACACGUGUGCCCCUAAGAUUGUGUUUCCAGUUCUCACUGCGCACACACACACACACACACACACACACACGCAAAAUUUGUUAAGCCUGCCUUUUCACCUGGACUACACCUAGAGAAGUCUGGGAAUGUUGUGGAUAGUAGGAGAGGAUAUAUUGCUUAAAUAUUAUCCUUCUUUACUAAUGCUAGUGAGCCAUUUAGCAGAGCAUAUUCCCCCCUAUACAGCAGGAAGCAAGUUUGCAGAUUCGUUUGAAUCUCUUUAGCUAAGCAAUCCAGUCCCGCAUGCCCAGAUUGGAUUAUUCCUGGUAAGACCCCUUUUGACCCCUCUUAAAAAGAAACAAAGACACAACAGUCUUCCUUAAACAGUAACAAGAAGUUUACUUACAUUCAGUUCACAGUAUGAUCCCUGAAGGCAGGCUUUAGCUUGUAGUUACAGAAGAAGGUGUGGAUUUAUCCCAUAAGGGGAUUCAUCCCAUGUGCUGCUGGCAGAGAGCCAGCAAACAGCAUCAGGAAACAGGCAUCAAGAAGCAAAGCAUCAAGAGAGGAAGAUGGCUGCGUGACUGGCCCAUUUUUUGGGGUCUGCAAGGGUCAUGCCCACCUACUGUAUACCUGAAGGAGCGUCUCCACCCCCAUCGUUCAGCCUGGACACUGAGAUCCAGCACCGAGGGCCUUCUGGCUGUUCCCUCAUUUCGAGAAGUGAGGUUACAGGGAACCAGACAGAGGGCCUUCUCAGUAAUGGCGCCGCCCUGUGGAACGCCUUCCCUUCAGAUGUGAAGGAAAUAAGCAGCUAUCUGAAAGCAGCCCUGUUUAGGGAAGUUUUUAAUAUUUGAUCGUGUUUUUAAUAUUCUGCUGGGAUGCUGCAUUGCUUUUAACACUUGACUGGGAGCUGCCCAGAGUGGCUGGGGCAACUCAGCCAAAUGGGCAGGGUAUAAAUAUUAUUAUUAUUAUUAUUAUUAUUAUUACUACUGUUGGACUUCUUUGCCAACACAGAGUAUGCGCAGCAACUGGAGCAUAGAAAUACAAGGCUGUCCGCAAUAUCUUUGCUUAUUUUUGUUUUCAAAAACGUAACAGUCAAAAGCUGCAAGCCAUCACUCCUCACCAGCAGCAUACAAAACAUUUAAUCAACUUAAAUACAGUUUUCAAAUAAUCAAUUAUCCUAUCACAUUCCUUCCUGCAUCCAGUGCAGAAAGUAAACUCCCCUUUUAAUUAAACAGGUGUACAGCUAAGUAGGUCAAACUGCACACAUAUACCUGUGAGCUUUAAUUAUCCAACCCUGUUCCUGCGUAGCAUCAUUGACCACUUUAAGAUAAAGAAAAACCAACACCUACCUGGUCACAUGCAGGGGAAGCAUGCUCCAGACCAGGUGUAACAGGAACGUCAACUGGCUGGAUCAACAUCCCCCUGUCUGUGUCAACGCAAACAAGGAACGUUGUAUUUGACUGCUACAAGGAUUACAUCCCACAAGAAGGUGCAGAGUCUAUUGCAAAAGAAAAAACAAAACACAACGAAGGCAGCUUUGAGUGUAGCCUUCCUUUGCUUUGGGUCCUGCUCUCUUGUUUACUUAAAACCUCCCCCCUCCCCACCUUGCCUUGCAGCACCAGAUGACACUCAGGAGAUGCCACGAGAGGAAGCUAAGGAUUCCUGGGGACACUAGCUGGCUGGACCAGGGAGCCCAGAUGUCACGGCGGGCACUGCCAAGUGCUGUUAGAGCUGAAGAACAGGGCAUUUUACAGAUGGCGCUUCGCAAGACCUCCCCAAACCCCUCCACGUUUUGUUGGCUUCCUAAGUCAACAGAGGAGAGGGGGCGACUUCUGCUCUUGCCACAGAAUGAGCAGCCAUCCUUUUGAGUGCCUGGCACGCUCUUGGCUCUCUGCUCCCUGGCACCAGCCUGGCUGUCGUAUAUAUUUUGGACCGGCAUCCGCGAAAGGAGAUGGGGGAUCCACAAGCCUCUUGGGGACUGCAGGUGGCUGCCAAGCAAGGCUAUAAUUGCAAUGGAGAGGUGUGCGUGGCAUUAUCUGUCGUGCUAGGUAAAGCUGUUAGCCCCCUUCUCAGGGUGAGGUCUUGGAGCGCAGCUGGGAACCCUUGUAUAGGACUGCAACAAAUUCAAGAGUGCUGUGCCUCCAUCCAACUGUUUCAGACGGCUUCAUGUCUCCAGUACGGCUUACAUGGCUCACCCCCAGACCAGCUUGUAUAUGGUGUAAAAUUGCCACCCUCUGCUGCAUCUCUUUGGGGUCUGUUGUUGGGAAGGACUUGUUGUGUAAUUUAUGGUUUCUAUGGGCAAGUUUCUGUUUGCUCCCCGCUCAUCUCAAUGCGGGAGGAUUGUUACGGGAGAUGAUGUAUUUAUUAAAAAAAAAAAAGAAUCAGCGGAGUAAAGCUAGUGAGCUUUGGCAAGUGUUUUUGCGAUUUCCCACCCUAUCCCAAAGGUGUUUCUGUUGACUCGGAUUGAUGGCUUCAAGUUACAAUGAAGGAGAUUCUGACUCAACAUCAGGAAGCGCUUUCUGGCAGUAAGAGCUGUUCAACAGGGGAACGGUCUCCCUCGGGAGGUGGUGGACUCUACUUCCUUGGAGGUUUUGAAGCAGAGGUUGGAUGGCCGUCUGCCAUGGAUGCUUUAGCUGAGAUUCUUGCAAUGCAGGGGGUUGGACUAGAUGACCCCUUGGGUCCCUCCCAACACUAUAAUUCCAUGAUUCUUCAUAUUGCACUCUUGGGCACGGUCGGAGUAGAGCGCUGCCCUUACAAGAAGAACCUGCCGGAUCAGGCCAGUGGUCCAUCUAGUCAAGCAUCUUGUUCUCAUGGCAACUAACCAGACGCUUGUGGGAAACCCGCAAACAGGACCCGAGUUCAAGAGCUCUCUUUCUUGCUGUCGUUUCUAGGAACUGGUAUUCAUAAGCAUUUGCUGCCAUAAAGUCGGAGAGUCAGGAUGACUAGUAGCCAUUGAUAGCUUUUAGCACCAUGAAUUUGUCUUUUGAAGCCUCCUGUGGGAGGGAGUUCCAAAGGUUCUGUGCUGUAUGAAUAAGUCCUUUCUUUUAUGUGUCUUGAAUCUCCUGACGUUUGGCUUCAUUGAAUGUCCAUGAGUUCUAGCGUUAAGAGAAAGGGAGAAAAACUCUUCUCUUUCCACUUAAAAUGUUAUAAACUCCUAUCAUGUCACCUCUCAGGGCUCAUCCAUAAUUUCCAGGAACAGGACUGAGAGGUUUUCCUUUUGUCCCACCACUUCCCUCUGGAAACUCCCUGCUGAUUACCACUGAAUCUGAACAAUCGUCACCUGGGUUUUCUGCAGAUCAGCCUUUACAGUGGUACCUCUCGAUAUGAACAGGAUCCGUUCCGGAGCCCCGUUCACAUCCUGAAGUAAACGUAAGACAUGACUGCACGUCUCCGCGUGCGCGGGUCGCGUUUUGUUGCUUCCGCGCAUGCGCGUGACAUCAUUUUGAAUGUCUGUGCAUGUGCGAGCGGUGAAACCCGGAAGUAACACACUCCAUUACUUCCAGGUCGCCGUGGAGCGCAACCCGAAAAUACUUAACUUGAAGCUACUUCAACCCGAGGUAUGACUGUAUUCUGAUUCAGCCGUAUACAAUGGGUUUUCCCAAGGACAGUGAUGGGUUGGGCCAUAAUGUGUGUGUAAGGGGAGGGGGACUGCUGGGGCAAUCGCCCUGGGAGCAUUUUUCAGGGGAUGCACCACUCACUCCAUCCUCCCCGGGCCAGCCCUGCACCGCUUUGUGAGGCUGGGAUUUGAUCAGAGUUGGGGAGGAUGGUCUGAGAAGGACUUCCCUCACCCUUCGAUUCUAGCCUCACUCUUGAGGGGCUGAGAUUGAAGAGCGUGUGACUGUUGUGCCCUUCUCAUUCUGCCUUCCCUAAGCCUGACCAGAUCCCAGCCUCACAAAGCGGCUCAGGGCUGGUGUCACUCCAGCGCUGUUGAAGCUUUCGAACCCAUGCCUAGAAAUUACAGGACAAACAGGAGUGUGGAAGAGUCUUCAUCUUUUUCUUGAACUAAAAAGUCCUAAGCGCUGCAACCAUCAUUUGGGUGGCCCUUUGCCAAACUUUUUCCAGCUCUGCAAUGGGUUUUUUUAAUCUACAUCUGUUGUGGACAAUGAUAGCUUGCAAUUCUGUAGCAGCAAGCCAAGCCAUGUGCCACCCUCAGGUGCUUUUGCAGCUCCCUGAUUCCUCGUCCUGAGUUGUGCUAGCUCAACUUAACACAGUGGUUCUCAAACUUUUUUCUCUGGGCCACACUUUCAUAAUAAAAACAAAUGAUUAUUGACAAGGUAGAGGGUAAAGGUAAAGGACCCCUGGUUGGUUAAGUCCAGUCGAAUUUGGCUAUGGGGUGCGGCGCUCAUCUCCAUUUUCAGGCCAAGGGAGCCGGCGUUUGUCUGCAGACAGUUUUUCCAGGUCAUGUGGCCAAAACAUUGGAAAUCACAACUAAGAUUGUCCUUGAUUUCAGUUGAUGCUCUUGCUCUCAUUUUGAAAAGAUAUCUAUCCAUAUUCUGCAAAUAAAAAAAUACUAUUUUGAUACUGUACUACAUUACACUGAAAUGUUUAAACGUUUCUUUGAUGGUCCUUGAAUCUUCCUGCC